CUGAUUGGCUUAGAAGAAUGUUUACGAAGAGUCAAUGAGAUGGUGGAAGAGGCUAAAAAGGCUGCAGGUAUUGAUAUCAACAAACCAUUGGCUUCCCUGGUAAGUUUAGUCAAAUUGACUUAGAUAGAAAAAAAUUCUUAAUGACAAUAAGAAUUUGCUCAUACGCAUACCACUCCCCUUUUUUUAACCAAAUGAAUGGAAAAAUUCUGUAGUGGAUUUACCUAGGUUUUUUCAUCUUUAUUGUUCUGAAUCAUUUUUAUCAUAAUUAUUUCGAUCAUGACAUCUUUCAACCGCUCUGGAGAGUGAUGGCUGUUACUCUGCCCCUUCACUUAGUCUUAUUUGCCAUCACCACUCUUUUGAGAUUGUCGAGAAGUUUUAAAUACACAUUUGUACAACCCGGCUAAACAGUUAUGUCAUAUUAACUAUCUAAUAUACUGGUAUCAUUAUAUGUCAAGAGCCUUAUACCUGACUUUGCAAAUCAAGUCUGUCUUCCAUUUUUUCAGGGACUUUCACUGAGUGGCUUGGAGAAACAAGAAAUCCAAGAACAAGCAGUGUCUUUGAUGAUGUCAAAAUAUCCUAACUGUAGCAAUAAAUAUCACAUGUGUUGUGAUACUGUUGGUGCCAUUGCUACAUCUUCAGAUAAAGGUAGUUUAAUUAACAGUAUCAUUAUCACUAUUACUAGAAAUACGUUAUUGCAAAAAUCUCGCAAAGCUAUAAAGGGUCAGCAAUGAGAAUAAACGGAAACAAGCCAUUAUUGUCAACAAGACAACUGCAAGGACUGAUCAACCAUCUGUUCACGUUGUUUGUUCUGCAGUCCUUGCAGUUGUCUUUUUGACAAAAAAUUUAUACUUAAAUUUUGACUUUUGACUGAUUGUGAUCUUUUUUUAUGCAUGUUGAGAAAGAUUGGUUUUACACAGUUUUCUGCUGUGGUCUUGCACCUUAACUUUACACUAUUAUUAUUAUUAUUAUUAUUAUUAUUAUCAUUAUUAUUAUUAUUAUUAUUAUUAUUAUUAUUAUUAUGUUAUCUACUUUAGAAUGGUGUGGUGGUGUUGUCUAUACAUUGUAAAGCACCAUGAGCUCAAGAUAUGAGUACUAUAUAAAUAUAGUUAUUAUUAUUACCAUCAUCAUCAUCAUUAUUAUUAUUAUUAUUAUUAUUAUUAUUAUUAUUAUUAUUAUUAUUAUUGUAAUUUCCAAAAGAUUGCAGUUAGGAGAUGAGUAACUCUGGAAAGUAGGGGCACUUUCUGUUCUUUUAUACCCUUCCCCUUUUGAUACCUGUCACAUAGGAGCUGGAUAGACUGCUUUCUGUCACUAUGCAUCCAGCCAGGGUAGGAUGAUCGUAGAAUGAAGAUUUUGUGUUACAAGGUUAUUAUCCCUGUAGAAUCCACUGACCACCUUUGGGGUUAGGAGAGAUCACGGAGGCUCUGUGUGGUGGGGUAAUGUUCUUCAAUCCAUGUUGGACUUCUCAUUAUCCUGGGGGAAAGGUUAAGCAUCACUGAGCUAGGGAGAAUAGUUCUGGAUAGAUUAGUAUAGAAAACAAUGGAAUAAUUAAAAAAAAAAAAAAAAAACGCUUUUUUGAACUGGGGACACUUGAUUUAGAAAAAGCCAUGCAAAUAUACAUGUAAGUACUGUUUUUAACUAUUCAAACUGUGAUACCGUCCAAGUCUUUGUAUUCAAUGUGCUUAUAAUGGAAUGUUUAAGCUGCGUUUUUUUUCCUACUCCCUACACCUAACUCUUCCAUUUCUUCCCCUUCACAACUUACCAUCUGUUCACGCUUAAUCUUUCACCUUUUCUUCCCUUUUUCCCUUGCUCGCAUGCUGAAGAUCUUAAAAUUAAAGUGUACAUUUUAUUUCACCUUUUUCAGGUGGCAUAGUGUUGAUAUCAGGAACUGGCUCCAACUGCCAGAUGUUGACUCCAAGUGGCAAAACGUUUAAUUGUGGUGGGUGGGGUCACUUGAUGGGGGAUGAAGGCUCUGGUAAGUUUACUAGGUCUAGCGUAUACCAGUGACAUUUUACUGAAGUUAAAGUCAGGGUUCUGUCAAACUCAUCGUUAGCGACAGAAUUUCCGCUUUGUAAAUGACAUAAUCACAGCGUUGUGAUUUUACCAUAUUUGAUUGUAUAAUAAAUCAAUAAGCGAUUUGGGCUUUCAAAAUAUAUAUAACGAACUCCUAAGUGUCGUUCUUCGUCAGGCCGAAACACCAUCUUUGAUCUGCAGAAUUCUUGAUCAUGAGAACUCGGCCUCAAUCGAUAACUUUUAACUACUUGCUGAUUAGCAACAGAAAUGAGGUAAAGUUCAGGGCCCAGUUGUUAGAAGGCCGAUUAGCGCUUAACCCAGGGUUGAAUUUUAACCCAGGUUUCUUUCUCUUUUGUUCAAAAGCAUUUUCCCUGAUAAUUUUCUCUAUUCUUUUCAGAGCAUUGGUCCAACCAUCAAAAUUGUAUACAGAAGAAUGAAACUGAAUUGGCUUGUUAAGUGUUCGUAUUUGAACUCCAAUUUCACACUAACCCUGGGUUAUCUUUACCCUGUUUUUAACAACCCGGCCCUGAAAAAAAAACAGACUUGGAAAUCCAAAUUCGUAAGAUCGCUUUCAGUACAUCAACCAACAAAAUUACAAUUAGCUUACAAGUUUAAGCUAAUUUGCAUAGUUUCUUUCCUUUGAAAAGUUACUCUUGAAGCAAGUCUCUCGUCAGAGCAUUUAGUGCGUAAUGUUUUCGUUUUCUUUCUACAAUAGCAUGGUGGAUAGCCUACAAAGCCGUCAAGACAGUAUUUGAUGCUGAGGAUGGAUUGGUUCCUUCGCCGUAUGAUAUCAGCUAUGUUAAAAGAACCGUUUUUGAAUAUUUCAAGGUAUAACUGUGGUAUGAAAAAUAGAAACCUUUAGUUUCGAGGAUGAAGACGACCACGAGAAUGCGAUUUGACUGAAAGUUUUAUUUUCGCGUAUUCUCAAAAAAUAGACUUAACUUUACGACGCCUGAGACGUUCAACUCAAUGUUUUAUGGAAGACAACAAUUUUCCUUUCUCUAUUAAAUGAACUUGGAUAGAGUCCUAAAUAAUUUAAUUCCGGAAAAAUUCACCUGCAUUUCACAAAUUGGCCAAGUCUUCAUAAGCGUGAUAUAGUUUGAAAGAGCGCAAUUUUAGUUUUUUGCUUGUCGUUGUGGUAGCUUAAGCUCACUAAUAAUUUGUAUCCCAGCCUCGUGUUUUAUCAAAAAAUAACCUAAACGACAAAACCACAUUGUGUUUGGCAUGACAUGAAUUCCACGGGCACUCUAAUCAUGAAAUAACUUAGAGCAAGAGCCAUAGAAAGGUUAGAACGGAGUGACACAUAUUUCAUUUAGUCACUAGGACACUCGAUUGAGUACUUGUAGGAUUAAAAAAAAAGCUGAAAACUUUAUCCGAAUCAGUGAUAGUACAUCAAGUUUCCUAAAUGAUAAAAUUGAUUAGUCAUUGUAAUUGUAUGCGUUUUCAAAGAGGUAAUGAAAUAAAAUGGUGUUAACUUUUUUUUUCCACAGAUAGACAAUUUAUUUGGAAUGUUGAAUCAUUUGUACGCGAAAUUUGAGAAAGCGCAUUUUGCAGGACUCUGUAAAUCUAUAGCUGUUGGUAAGUCAUAAGUAACCUUCCUGCCUUGUUCCCAGUCCUUCAUGAUCUCUUUAAUUUAUCCUGAGCCUCUGCUUGCGCGCACACGUCUGCUUUACUCCAGGGUUCCUUUUUACUGGUAGUGCUGACUGUGAAAGAUAGAUAUUUGUUGGCUUCACACUAGAUCUUCAAGUAUGAUGUAAGUGUACUUGGAACCUACAAUGUACUUUGAGUGUGAAGGGGUAAAUUGUGCCUACUUCAUCUUUACUUGGUGAUCAUGAAAACGUUGCCUAGUUUUUAAGAAGCCGAAGUUCGCCGCCAAGUAUGGUCUACACCACACUUGAGAACACACUUGACCAAUAACAAAAUGGAAACCAUGCGCACGAUUUGCACGCGCAGCGGUUCCAAGAUUCUAAUGAACGGAGAGAUUGACGGCUUUUGCUUCAAGUAAUAUACUUUGUCAACAAGUAUGGGGCCGUGUUCUCUACAGAGCGACUUAAGAUUUCCAAGUGCACCUGAAUCAAGUGCUUACUUGAAAUCAACUUAGCUUCCAGUGUGAAGCCAAGUAUUGUUUUGCAUGCAAUCAGUGGGAAGGGGUGGGGCUUAGAAAAUGAUCGCCAAGUGAAGCUGUACAAAACGGCUAACAACCUCCCUUCAACCUUGUCUCGCCGUAGUUUGACAGGCCUAAAAUUAAGCCAAACGUCUUCAUCCUUUGACCCUUUUUAGUUUUGUCGUUUGAUGGUUUGUUGCCGUAAUAAUUUUCAGGGGCAGCCGAAGCCAAGGAUCCACUUUGCCAGCAUCUGUUUUUUCAAGCUGGUGAAGUUUUAGGAACCCACAUCAGGGCUGUUGUCCAGCACAUGGAUAAAGUGAGUUUUUUAGUUACAUUCUUUUGUUCUUCAUGGCCCCUUUCCGACCUUGAUGCAUUUCAUUUUGUAAAGCAAUUGUAUAGAUCAUAGUCAUAAAUUUGUUCUUUUUCAUUUUAGUUGAUAAUCUAGUUCACUACUACGUUGGACACAAUCUUCCUGGUUUAGACGACAGCACUACCAUUUUUCAUUAUUUACGAACACGUGCAAUGCUUAGCCAGCAUUUUUCGAUUCUUUCAUUCAGGGAAAUUGUUCACUCAAAUCAAACAAACUCUGUAAUGCAUUUUACUUCCUUUCUUCUAUACUCCUCAGUCAUGUAGGGCAUACAUAGUAAAAGUACGUUCUCAUUCUACCCGAAGAAAAUAGACGUUGGUACCAAAAAUGGGAAAAAAAUGCGUUACAGUAAAUAUGUUGAACGGUGUUUUUGUAGACAGCACGCGCGAAAAUUCUUCUAAUUGUUCGCAAAAUACAAAAUUACCAUGUACUUGGUAAACUAUCCGAGCGUAUCACACUCCAAAACAGUAAGGUGUUUUUAAUUCAAAAUUUUCAGGAAUGCCAAGAAGCGCUGUUGAAUGCAGAAAAAGGUCUAAGAAUCACGUGUGUUGGUGCAGUGUGGCAGAGCUGGGCCCUUCUAAGGGAUGGUAAGGUUGUAUAAUCUGGAAGCUUCAAGGUAUUAUCGACUUGACGUGAUGGAUUUAUGGAAGCAAAUUUGCUAUUAGUAAGGCAAACCACGCCGAAGCAUCUCGUGGAUUCCACUAGAUACUACAUGUAGGAUCACAGGGCUUCCAGGUUUUAUUGGCAUAAACGUCACCAGUGCCCACAUUAGGCUUGGAUAUAUUCUCCGGGCAGAAUUUCGAGCAGAAUAAGCGAUUUUUGAGGCCAGCAGAAUUUAAGCAGAAUAAGGGAAUACCAGCGCACUUGUGAUAUGCGUAACAGUUGUAAGAAAAAUUUAAAACUAAAUAAAAAACAAAUGGAGAAUACCUGGUGAUUAAUUUGAUUAUUUAAUAGCUACAAAGCACUCGCAUUAAAAGUAAGAUGAAUUACAAUUUUGCUACGCAUAAUGAAUGUCCAAUUAGUUUUUAGGGGCUAGGCUCAGGCUCCCUUUUAUAUUUAUAUUCCAGAGAAGAGCAGAAUUCGAGCAGAAUAAGGGUGUACGAGCAGAAUUUUGAGCAGAAUAAGCGAUUUUUAUGAGCACUGCCGGCAGGCAGAAUAAGCAAUUUUAUGAGCAGAAUUUAUCCAAGCCUAGCCCACAUCUUUUCUGAGAUUUCUGGAAUCCAUCAGGAAAUUGAGCAGUUUUAAUUUUCAGCGGACAAAAACCCUGUACCAGAAUAAUUUAAAGAAUAUUGCAUUCUUUUUUACAUUUUCCAAGGGCUAAAGAUGUAAUUAGUUAUUUGUAAUAACACUAAAGACAAUUUCUCAUGGGAGUCCGAGAAAAUGAAUGCCAAAUUUCACAAGAAUUGUGAAAACACAGGUAAAAUUCUGAAAAUUUCAUGUGUAAGAUGUAAUUUUGUGAAAUUUGACAUUCAUUUUCUCGGGCUCCCAACCGAAAUUUUCUUUGGUGCUACUAUAGAUACCUAAUUUCAUCUUUAGCUCUUGAAAAAUGUAAAAAAGAAUGCAAUAUUCUUUAAAUUAUUCUGGUACAAGGUUUUUGUCCACUGAAAAUUACUCAAUUUCCUGAUGGAUUCCAUCUUAAACAGCAUAUAUUUUUGGCGGGCGUGGUUACAAAAUGUUGGGUAAAACGUGCAAAAUUUUAAAACAUAAACCACACUUUUACUGACUGUAAUUUUUUGUCACUUCUUUGUAGGUUUCUUAGCUGGAUUAAGAUGUUCUCAGGGCAACACUGCUGUUCAAGUUGAACGCUUUACGUUAGUUAAGUUACGUGAAAGUUCUGCUGUUGGUGCGGCUGCUCUAGGAGCCAAAACCGCUGACCAUCCGCUGCCGAUAGACUAUGACUCCAUGGUGGACGAAUUUUUCUGUCACGUUUUCCAGUAAUAGGCACGUGUUAUUUCACUGUAAUUUUACGGUUAGGGACAACAAGGAACGGCCUUGUCAGCCGGCUUGAACGUCUAGCAUGAGUGGACACUUCUUUAAGGAGAACAUCAAUGGCUGGUUUUGCAUGGCUGAAUGUAAGGUAUCUGUUAAAAUACCAAAUCUGUUAAUCGCGCCAAAUAACCAUAGAAUGUUUUAUCAAUAAAGAAAAGGUACGGGUUUAUUUGCAAAUAUAAUCCCGUGCGGGCAUGUAGACUGUGUUUUUGAUGUUUCUGAUUUUUGUUUUUUAAAGCACUGGUCAGUUAAAUUAGUUCGACAAGACUGCAGAGCGGGAUAUCAAAAGUUCAUACCGAGAUCUGUUUGCCAUUUGCAGUCUUGACCAUACUCUUUUAUGACAACAAUGUUUUAGCGAUCAUAUCUUUUGUCACUUUCUAUCAUAGUGUCUCUUCUUUGCGUCUUUCCGAGUUCAUUGCAAUGUGUCAUUCUUACUGACCCGGUGUAGGCAAUCGAUAAAAAUCGGUAUCGAUAAAAAUCGAUAGCAAUCAAGUGAUUUUUAUCGAUUGAUAACGGAAAUUGGUGAAAAUCGAUAAGUCAAAUUGCUGUGUCAAAUCGAUAUUAUCGACUUUUCAUGGUCUUAACGAUUUAUAACGGUAAGUCCGACAUUGUUGUUUUUUGGCAACAGUUAAAUAGUACAGCUGAGAAAACACAUCCACGAGUAACAACUGAUCAACAAACAUGAAAAUAGGAAAUGUGGAAACUAUUACAGACACAAGGUUCUCUCUAAAACCGUGACCCUUUUGUACAUAAUAACAAAAACGGUUCGGUUUAAUUACUUUCGUAGUUAUCGCAGGCAAGUACCACGAGAAAUAAUAAUACAACCUUACAUAAAAGAUUUCUCAGCCUGAAUUUCAGACAUCCUCUAGAGUCGAAGGGAUGCCAUGGAAUUCAGGCUAAAAGAUUUCGCUAGAUAGCUUUUCACCGUUUUCCGUUAUCAAUCUAUAAAAUCACUUGAUCGCUAACGAUUUUUAUCGAUUUCGGGGUUGCAAAUCGUGAGGAAAAAACUGGGCGCUUACAAACCUGGCCAAUAUCGGCCAUCAGAAGAAGACUUUAAAGCGGGUUUAAAGAAAAGAUAAGAUUUUUUUAAACUUUUUUUAAAAAAAGUGAUAAUUAAUUGUUUGAUCCUUCGACUCUCAAUUGCAACUCAAUUGUCAACAAAUUCACUGUUUGCGUGAAGUCAGUUUUCAUUUUUGGUUGAACAGAAGAACAGAUGUAUCUUCCAAUAUAAAUCGAUGGAAUCGGUAAAAUCUAGAUAAAUCGAUAAACGAAACGAGUGUGUCAUCGAUUUCUGCCGAUUGAUCGAUACAAUCGAUAUCAAUUAAAUCAGAUUUACCGAUUUUUAUCGAUUUAUCGAUUGAUAAAUCGAUACCUAUUUACUCCGGGUAGUGAGUAAUGUUAAGCUUCUAGGGUUUGACUUGCUUAAUAAUUGAUAACAAAUUAUAAUCAUAGAAAUAAAAAUAAUAAUGAUAAUAAUAAGAAUUCUUCAGUAAUCAAGUAAAUCGCACUUCUACUCUACAACAAAACUAUCCUUAACUAAUUCAGGCGUUUUAAGUAAGUCUAUUCGGAUAAUAUAUUCACAACUUUUAAAAAUGUUUAAAAAGGAUUUCUUCCUACGUAUCAAAAAUGUACAGUUGAAAUACGUGUCAUCAAAGGCGCAAAUUAACAACACUGACUAUAAUAUUAACGAUAAUAUAAUGAUAAUGAUAAUAGUAAUAAUAACGAUAAUAAUGAUAACAAUAAUAGUAAGAAUAAAAAAAAUAAUAAUAACAAUAAUAAAAAUGAUGAUAAAACUUUGUUGGGGUAGCACAAAUUACAGUGUGGCCCAAAGAAUUAUUCGAAGCGUCUAUGCAUGAUGUUUAUUAAGGAAUUAUGCAGAUUUCCAAGGUGAGAUGUGAAGAGUUACAAAGUGACUGAAAUGAAUCUAGGCAAGGAACUAAAGAAGCGACGCACUAACACGAUUUGAAAAGGUAAAUCCCGUUACUUGUCUUAAUAUUUGCUUGUUUGAUCAGUGAUUUUUAACUUGCAUACAAACCCAUAUAUUUUACAAUCAACAGGACCACCAAAGUAGCUUGGGAGAUUUUGAGAUUCCUACAGCCCGGACCUCAAUGUUCGGGAACAGUUUUGCAUUCACUUGUGCAUGGAUUUGGAAUGCACUUCCAGAACAUAUCAAAGAGCUACCAUCCGUUAGCGCCUUAAAAGGAAAAUUAAGACUUCCAACUUUGCAUCUACAACACCGUUGUAAAUACAUGUACUUCUUUAUUAUAUUACAAAUUUUGAGUGUGGUUACACACGGCUUUUACUAGCUAGAACAGAUUUCCAUUGUAUACACAUAUGUAAAUUUCAUAAGAUUACCGUGUUUAAAUAAAGUUUUUCUUCCUUUCUUGGGUGCCCUGUAACCUUAUACUGCACAUGUUAACUUUAUCUUCGGUUUCUAAAUUACCGUAUUUUGAAUCUGUUUUAUCCGCAGUUAAAGUCAAAGAAGAUAAAAAGAGAGACCUAUAUUUCUUCCGUUUGUUUUCGAAAACUCGAAUGCUCUUGGUGUUUCACUCGAACGAGAUCUCCUGUAGGUUUGGAAUUGGCCGAGGAACUCUCUAAUGGCCGUGCUAUCUUCUGGUCAGUGAAUUGCAUAAAGUGCAGUCGAUAGUAUAUACUUCGACCGACGAAUUCUCACUGUAACGAGUAACAAUCUCCUCGAGUUGUCUGCGUUCGAUGCCUUGAGAUGGGUUCAGAAGUUUCUGUAAGUUUAAAUAUUUUCACACAUAAUUUAACGAAUGUGUAGUUUUAAUGGUACCUAGAACAAAUAAUGCAUUUCCGCCAUCGAAAAUGCUCGGUACUAACUAUUCUUGCUAUUCAGUGGGAAUAGUUUACCUUGUACCAGCGCUUUUUUCCUGACUUGUUAGCUCGCAAAUGGUUGUCAGAGUCUCGCGGAGGACCAGAAAUAUUCAAUAUAUUUUUAGAUGCGCUGCGCUUCGCCGUUGAACCCGGGUCUACCGCUCCAAAGAUACUGAUUCUGAUCCAACUGUGCUUUCUGAACCAGGCGGCUCGUGUCCGUGUGUUGCGUAGGAUUUUGCAAUGGGUUUAGUCCACCAUUUUCAGUGGCGGAUCCAGGGGAGGCCCUCCCCCCUUAUUUUUCGACCAAACUGAGGCCUGAAGGGCCGAAAAAGUUUUUUUUUGAGACGCCCCCCUUAUCUCAGGGUCUAGAUGACCGCCCAUCCUCCCUUAUCUGAAGGACUGGAUCUGACACUGAUUUUAGAAUUUGCCACAAAAGGUAUCCUCGCGUUGAUUCCUUUUAAAAUAGGAAAAGUAUCAAGUUUUUUGGGCUGCGUGCCGUGACUGUUACCACGAAAAUAAAUUUCAUUCAUGGUUACAAUCAGGUGGUUAACUGGUCAUUGAUCGAUAUCAUGAGCGGAUUUAGGGGUCGGGCCGAGUGGGCUGCUCCCCCCUUUUCUUUGAAAUGUCAUAUUAUCUUCAUGAGUUCUCAGUAAAAUAAUUGGUAUUUAUAUAACUGGAAAGUGUCCCCCCCCUUUCCAAAUUUUCUGUACCCGCCCCCUGGUCAGUGCAACCAUGCGAUCUUUUGAAAUGUGUUACACGUACGUAUAUGUAUCAAUAAGUAAUCGCCAUUUGGAAACAUAAGGCUUGUUCUUUUCAUUUCAACUUCAUUUUUAGGCAAAGCAGAGUUAUGCUCACAGGUGAGUGUUUUAUUUUUCUAAUUGUUCAGUUUUUCCUUUUUUUCUCUUAAAGUAGAAAUUUUGCGCUCUGUACAAUGUUCACGUCUUUUUUGUUAACUUACCUCAACCGAUUGUUGCUCCUUAGAUCAGUGGUCAUUUUCGUGUUGUCUUUGUUUUUUCCAAAUUGAUGACUCGAGCAGUAACUCAAUUACUUUCUAUUUGUCUAUUGCCUUUUAGAUUUGCUGGUAAAAACGACGGAAAUGAAGACUGUCACAUUGUUCUUGUUUGUAUCCGUCUGCAUAACUCAGCAUCAUUGUAAGUUAAAGAAAAUUUUUAAAUUCACACAACAGUUUAUUAUUUAUCACAGUUAGAUAAAAAAAAUUUAGACCCACUUAGUACACCGUUCGUUAAGUUACAAUUAGUCUUUGUGCUUAAAGGGCGCUAUUUCAUGCUAUUUGCUAUAUUAUGACAAAGCUAAAACGACCGUGUCUUCGCAUAAAUCGAAUUCCAAAAAUGAUGACCCAGUUUUGUUAAUUAAGACUGUUUUUUUUUUGGCAUUUAAACUAUUUCCUCUCGUCUUUUGCUACGGAUGAAGAGGAUGAACUUGGAUUGAAACUUGAAAAUGUUAGACCAUUUUAUCUUCAAGUUUUAAUGAUAUGCUUGCAAAAGUCACCAAAAACCAUUAUGGUUGGAGUUCCAUGAUGAAAUUUGUUUCAUAUUUUCUUCAUCUUUCUACAGGAACAUUUCGUGUCUGGAUAAAGGCGCUAAGUAAUGACUGUAGCACAGAAUUGACUAAAAUACAGCAAUUAAUAUAACCCCUGUAAGUAACUAUAAAGCUGACCUUACCCCCCAGGGAAGUAUAGAAUAAGAAAAACAAAGGAAAAAGAAAGACUGGUUUUUCAUUGAGAAAGAGAACAAAAGAACAGUUUGAUUCAGAGUAACCUUGCAUAAUAAGUAAUUUUACCAAAGCAGGUGAACGAUUUUCGAAACAAUUUUCGUAGCUUGUUUUUGCGACUUCGACGCUUAAGAAAGGUCAACUUGUGGGCAAGUCUUACAAUUCUAUUUAAAUUCGUUUUUUUUUUUCAGAAAAAAACAAAACUCAUCAAUAAUUUUCAUCAUUCAUUAUGAAACAAUUUGAAGGCGAACUCGAUAUUUUCGGCAGAUCAGUAAUUGACAAUGUGUUCUGGUAAAAAUUGGCUAGAAAUAUUUACAUAAAUAUAGAAGCAUCUUCUGGCGAAAAAGGUAAUCUUUAAAAGUCCAUAAAGCGAAAAAUUUCUCAUGUUUAACAUCUUCAAAGUGGUCAUUGUUAGAGUCAAUCUUCCACCCGUGGCAAGGCAGGUGCUGCUGAGUUUUUACGAAAUGAAUUUUUUAUAAUUCGUUGUACAUCAUCAAUGAAGCGACACUUUCAAAGCAAAAGAAAGUUGAAACAAGCUACAUUAAUCACCAGAUAUAACAGUUGCAGGCGAUAAGAGGAGCCCGAAAUCCUAAUCUUCAGGUUGUUAUUACGCAUGCGUCGCACGUAUGUAGCCAGCAUUCGUUUGGACUUCCACUAAGAAUGAAUGGAAUGCAUAGAACGCAAUUCGAUCACGCGCGUUUCGAUCUUCCUGACGCCUCGUAAUCUGAUCACGCGUAUUUUGACCAUCUGUCAGUGCAGACCAACGCAAAGCAUAGCGUUGGAGCAAAAGCUUUUUAACCUUCGAUCGUUGUCGCCCGUACUCCGUAACCUUUGGUUAUUACUAGUUGUAAUCGUGUAUUAGUGAGUGCGUUCGAGAUUUCCUUAGCUUGACCGUCAAGUGUUAUUUCAAAAUAAGGUAAAAGUCAUGAAAACAUUUUUGGAAAAAUAAAAAGUAUUUUAUGUUCUCGGCGUAGCCGGCCUCGAGUAUGAUCAAUAAAAGUGAGAAGAAGAUCGUUGAAAGAGCUAUCUAUAUCACUGCAAUCGUCCAAAAGCUGCAUGGUAACCUCGAAGGUAAUGAUAGCUUCUUGUGUGACACAUCUAGGUCAAAUAUGCCGCGACAAAUCAUAGGUUUUUGCGAGAUCAUCGAUGUCAUUGAACCGAGCAUCGCUGAUGGCAUAUGAAAUCAUGAAAUAUUUGCUAUUGUGCGAACUGUUCAUAUUUUCAUUCAGUUCGUCUAGAUCAGUUCAUCGUGUUUUAAACUUAGUUAUAUGACUUGGCGAAAAGGUCUUAUCAUCACAAUCCGGUGCGUUUGCAGAAUUUUAUCCGUGUGGGUGUAUGUCAGUGCAUGUACUUACUAGUUGUGCAAUGCUUUCUCGUGGUAUGCUAUGAAUAUCCCAAUCGUGACUUGAUUUUUCUUUGUUUACAUGUUUGCGUUUAAAACUCGAGAUCACAGGUAAACUCGGAGAAAGUCACUUUUAAAACAAUGAAUACUAUAUGUGGUCUGCCAGCUACUAUGUGCAAAUGAUCCACAGCUGAUCAAUGAAUAAACUUCGUAUUCAUUUCUGUCUAUUUUUACCUGCAUCUUGAAGUAAUUGGCAUGACAGCUUUCGAAAGUUUCUGACGGUAUUUCAGUUUACAGGUUUUCUUGUUUCGAAGUGCAGGGUAAAUCCAUCUCGGUUUUCGCAAAACUGCAUGGUUAACUGGCUUAUUUGAUUUCAUUUAAUUUUGACCUACUUUUUUAACUUUGACCUCUCAGACGUCCAAAUUGUAGUAAAGACUCAAGUUUUAGUGUUGUUUACAAACUUGGUUCUGGAAUGUUUUGUCUGUCGCUAUCCACUCUAUUUUUGGCGGGAAAAUGUGGAGGCCGCAAGCAUCGCCGGGAUUUUUACGUGAAAUACUACCGGUUGCAUACCGCAGAAUAGGCAACAGGUUCACGUUUUUUGAAUGACUGUAUUCUCUAAGGCAUGGGAUAAAUAUAGGAAUACACAGUCGAAAUUUAGCAAGCGUACUUUCCCGGAAUUGAAUUUAUUCCUUUCCCUGGAAGUUAAACACCAAGAAAGGUAGGACACAAUCUCCAGCUCAGCUAUAAUACCCGCUUCUUAAACAGCUCUAAAUUUCAUUCCCUCGCCAAACUCAAAUAACUCCGUGUGUCCAACAUCAAUUGCAUCAUCUGGUUGACCUUGAUCAAAUCUUGACGAAAUCCAAAGGGCUAAUGCGCUUGCGCAUACAACGUAGUUAAACAUGGCGCCGAAAAAGACAGCAAACGACGAAAAAAAAACACGGUAAAUUGGCUGAAAAGGUGCGAUUUAGAGCAAAAAAAGUGGUACAGUCAAGCCUCUCUAAUACGGACACCGAAGGGACAGAGCGACGUGUCCGUAUUAGAGAGGUCACUAGGAUGGCGUCACUUUUAAGACCCCACUGACAGGAUUUAGUUUUCCGUAACUAAAUUCAGUGUCUUGUUAAUUUCCAUUGACAUGUUCUGGUAUUGGUAUCGCUGAUUGAUAAAGUGUCAAUGUUUGUGUAAGUGCCGACAGGACAUGGUACAUACCGCAAAUUAUCGACACCUAGUCCCUGGAGUGUCCGUAAUAAAGAGGUUAAGUUUGUACGAAAAAAAGCUCUGCUUUGCUCCCAAAGGCCGAGAUUUUGUGUCCGUUGUCCUUAUUAGAGAGGGUCCGUAUUAUGGAGGGUUUUUUUGGAGGAAAUGUAUGAGAAUUUUGUCGGUACAUAGGAAAAAUGAUUUGCUCAUCACUAUAUAUAGAGUUCACAGUAUCUCUGACGUAAAGAGAGCAUCCGACUAGUGUCUGAAAUGUCGUGCGUUCAAUUCCUAUUCGGAACUAAAAAAAUUGCGAUAAUCGCAUUCCUAGUUUAAUGUAAUGAAUGUACAAAUUAAUUCAAAACUUAGGACCUGAAUUACGACCGGGAGAGUGCUGAUUCACCCUUGUGAACGUGAAUGGCAAAAGAAAAACAAGCGAAAAAAAAAAUCAAGCAAGCAAGUCAGCAAGCAAAACAGUUGUGUGGUUGUUUUCAGACCACUGAAGAAGAGGGAACACCUUUGAAUCUUCGAACGGGUUUCCUCUAAACCAUUUCAAGGCGUAUUUUGACAAAAAUUUAACAUUUGCGUGAUCCGGGUAAGUCUCUAGGAGAAUUCAUUCAACUCCUCAACGGCAAAAAUAACUGCAUAAGUGCAGGUGUUCGUCGAGUUAUAAAGAAACACCAGAUCAGUUCGCGAUAGACGGUUCAUCUUUUUAUCGAGCAGCCAAUAAGAAUGCAGGUUCAUGAAAUGUCAACCUAUAUUAACUGAUACAGUCAGUCAUUUUUUGACCGGAUUCCGGAGAAUACCACUUUAUGUAUAACUCAGACUUUGUCGUUCAGUUUUAACCGUGAUGUUCAUUUUCUAUAUAUUUUUUUUUUGUUAAAAAGGCGAAUCUGCAGUCCUGCAGGGCGAGAAUAAGGCUGAAGAUUCAAGUGGAUUUAAAGAACAAGAUGAUGGUAGCGCAGUAGAAGACACACUAGCCGAAGAUGGGGAAAAAAGCCAAAGCAAUACCGGAGAAGGUGCGUCCUUGAAUUAACAUUUAACUAAAUAUAUUCGGUGACUUUAGUUGAAAGGGUUUAAAUUUCAAAUUGACUGUGUUAAAGUUUGUAGGAGUAAAAGACUCCAGUAAUGCACAUAGCAAGGGAAUAUUUUGACCGUCAGAGGAACGUUCCUUGUAAGCUUACUUUCUUGUAAGACCAAAAAUAUAGAAGUUAUAAUCAGACAAACAGAGGUUGUAUUGUUCUAUCACAAUAAUUUACAAGUUGCACUUUGCCUGAACCAUCUCUAAACUUCUUGGCGGUGACGUUAAGCCGUUGGCCCCUUCUCCUUCAUCCUUUUAUUAGUCAAAUCGAAAGGGGAGAGAAAGGACCCACACUACUGGUCGAAAAGAGUAGGGAAGUUUCCGGUAGUGUAGUCUACCUUUCACGCGUCACACAUCAUUCAUAUUAUGGACUAUGGGUGGGUUACACUAAGCUCAUAAAUGGACCGAUAGCGGCUGCCAGUGGCGCCCUUGUAUGCUGACGUCAGAGCUUAUUGUGAACAUUUAAAUAUGUAAUGUAUACAGGGCGCGUCUUGUUGUCCACUAAUCCACGACAUCACGUAUUACACAUUACACAACGACGAAGUCGUUAAUCAACACUGAGUACGUAAACUCUGAAAAGCAACAUGACGACUUUACUUCACUUCGCGAGAAACUUCUAGACCUCAAUGACAAAAGAUAGCGUUCACAUCUCUUACAUGUAAAUGUUUAUUUACAGGCCAAACAGAAACUGGAAGUAAAAAAGCGCUUCCUGCGCUAGCAAUGACAGCCUUAAAAAACCCCAAAGUUCAGGAAGCUGUUGUUGACAAAGGACUGGAAGUCAUGGGCAAACUGGUGGACAAACAGCUCAAAAUUAUCGACGAAGCUCAAGAGAAGGCUUCCAAGUUUUUGGCGAAAGAGGUGCGUGUUAGGGAGUUAGUGGUGAUGAUGGAUUUCAUCUACGUACAAAAGAGCAUUGUGGUAUAAGUUCAAAAAAAUUAUUAUCAUGAUGAAGUAUAGUUCUUCCAUUUGGCCACGGGUAGUCCGGUCGAAUUUGUCUAUUUUUGGCGAUGAAGAAUUAAGAGCGCUCUAAUUUAAAUUGCCAAGUUUCAUUCUUGCAUACUAAUGGCGCUCGGGAGAUUUGUUUCAAAUUUUGCCGAAUGCAGCCUGGUUUUAUUAUUUUUUUCAGCUCUGUCCAUCCAUGCUUCUUUUGGGCUUUUACGCAUCUCCUUCCAUGUGAAUCUCUUACACUUAGUGGCCUGUUUUCUCUUUGCCAUAAUUGUACUUGAACUGGAAAUAUUUGUACUCGUCUCUUGUAUUAGCUCUUUGUAUUAUAGCGUUACUCGCACAAACAUCCCAUGAUACACACUAAACUGUCCAAUAAGAUAUUUAACAAUUAUUCCUCGAGCCCGAAUGGGCUAUUGACUCAGAGGCCAUGAGGGCGAGAGUAAUAAUUGUUUUAGUAAAAUCCAACUAGUUGGUCAAAAAUAUCGAGGCAAAACAACUUUAGCUAGCAAAACGCAAUUCAGCCGCCAUUGUUUUGGUUUUCAAAGCCGGCACUUUUCGCUACUAGUGGGCUAUAACAUUUAUGCUAGUAGUUGCUCAACCAAUCAGAACGCAGCAUUCAUAAUAGACCACUCGUUGGAUUUUACUACUUAACAAAUAGAUUCCGUGUUGCCGUGCGUCUGUUCAGUAAUAGAUCACAGAUGACGUCAAAAUGUCGUAAAAAACAAAGAAGUGGCACACGAGCCGCAGGCGAUUGUGUCACUGUUGCUUUUACCACAUUUUGACGCCCUCUGUGAUCUAUUACUGAACAGACCCACGGCAACAUGGAAUCUAUUUGUUUUUUACAAUGAUCAGAAAAGAAAAAGACGGAUACACAUACCUGCCUCGAACCGCUUGACCUUUUGAGGAAUUGUGCUAGUUUAGGCAUUUCUUAAGUCCCAAACCCAACUUUUCAUCUUAGCUUCUUCUUUAUCUUACUUGUGUACAGUUUCUUGGAAAAGUUUUUCACCGUCUUUUCUUGCUCAAAGAAGAAUAAUAGCGAAAACAUUCUGCAAAACAGCGAGUCUCUCGUAGCGAAGACACACGAUGGCAACUGUUGUGAAGAUUUCUUGUAGUUUAGGCAUUGUCAAUUAGUCAAUAGCUUUUUUGGUCUCCGUUUCUCCAUUUUUCUUCUUUGUAAAUAGCUCCUGCUAAACUUUUUCCGAAGCUUUCACUUACCUCAAUCCGAAAUAAUCUCACAAACAUUUUCAAAAACGCGUGCCAUGUUGAACAAAACAAAGAAAACAAGUUUCCCGUAUCUGUACUCUAAUAGAUCAUGGGCAACGACCAAUCACAGCGCGCGUAGCAUUCACAUCAUUGUAUAAAGUGCUAUAAAGUACUACUCAUUACAGAUCACUGCUGAAGUACUUAGAAAUACUAGGUGCUCCUCUGAAAGGGGAAUAAGAUGCUGUUAGGAAAUCUGCUGAGCCAUACCACUUAAACGAAUCAUAACAGCUUAUAGUUGUUCAUCGGAUCGUGCAUGGGCUAAAGUUCUAAAUGUUUGUGUCAGAGCUAUUGAUUUCUAUGACAAUCAAUUAGCCUGCAAGAGCAAACGCCUUUUUCCACUUUUCACGUUUGACACGCUGAGGAAGGGCGUGUGAAACAGAUACGAAAAAUAUUUUUGCUUUUUCAGGCUAAUUAUCGACUACUAAUGUUAAGUUUAUUGUGUGAAGUAAACGGUUAGUCCUGAACAAAAGCUUCGGUUUUAGCUAUAGUCUUAUCUGAAUUUUUAUGUUAGUUACUGCGCGAACUUCUGUUACUCACAAUACAAACCAUUUAUUCACAGAUCAAACUUGAUAUCAUGCCUGAUAAAGGAUGGAGUACCCCGGAUAUGUUCGUACCCCCGGGAUACCAUAUGGGUGCGUCAAUCUCCGACACGGAACAAACAGAGAAGGAACAUGGAGAGCAGCCGUUUACUUACGCUCCGAACAUGGGUCUGGGAUACGUUAUGAUGAACGGUUGCUACGGCACCAAUUACACUCCAAGUGAUCCAUGCUAUAACGCCAAGUUUGCCUCACCUAUUUGCCUUGUAAGAGAAACUACUCUAGUCCUUUCCCUGCUUGUACGUUUUGUUUUCACAAUAAUUCAGACUAAGUGGUGUUCUCGAGGAAAAUUCUGUCAUUUAUAUUUUCAUAAAUUCUGGAUUAUCACACUAACCUGUUCCAGGCUCCGAGAUAGUCGGGUUUGCAAAAUUGAGCAAGCGCGAUCACGAAAAUAAAACGAGAGGAAACUCCCAUCCUUUUGCCCUCCGCCGCCGCCCCCUUUUUUGCGUACACUUGCGCGUCAUCCCUACUAUCGGAGAACCUGGUACAGACUAUUAUCACACGGAUAGUGCGAAAUUUGUGGAAUGAGAGAAACAGUUCUCUAAAGUAACAUCGCAUGGCCUGAUAUGGGAAAAUAAAACAUACAAGCUAAAAGGAUCUAAUGAACUUUUAACUAGACUCAGUAACCUAUGCCACAGUCUAACCUACUGUAAGCGAACAACCUUGAGACUAGAACAGCCUCCCUCACGCCGUUAUUAUUUUAUUUUUUAAAGCUCAUUAAUAUCACAAUUUGGCCAUUUAUAUGAGUACUUACAGAAGCCGCGUCUUAAUGAAAAGACGAACUUCUCGUAUAAAUUGCACAAAAAAUAUCUUAGCGUCUUAAAUGACAUGCGACACCCCUAUAUACUGGUAUAAAUAGUACAGUUCUCUGUAUUGAUGUCGGAUGUUGGAUGUUGAAGUUGAAUUUCCUGCCUGGGAAUCCUCCCAUAUUUCCGUGGCGUCCAUUCCCUUCCCUGUGGGCGCAAGCAGGAGCCCAUAAGUCCCAUAACCCUGGGACGAGGGCCUCAAUAUGUACUAGGUUGUUGAGGCAACCACCACCCGGUCCUCGCAAAUUGGUCCGGAGUGGAAUAAUCUCUGCAGAGCCUUCUUAAUCUUCAGGAGCUGUGUAAGAGCUGUUUGCUACCCGAAAAACAGAACUAAACCCGAUUGGUGUAGCAGCAAAGGUAGAGUUGGUUCAGGAGGCGGCUUUUCUAAGAACGACAUGCAUCUACUCAGGAAAGAGUUCGAGGCCAGUAGCUAGGCUUUAGGGUACAGAUUAUAAUUAUAACCGAGAGUCAUCUAACUGUGGAAUCACUGUCAUUAUGAUAAAAUUUAUAAAACAUUCGUUCCAUGAAGCCCGGCUGGUGAUAAUCUAAUUUAGUUGUUCGGUACGUACUCAUCUUAGUUAUAGGGAUAUAAGCACUCAUAGUUGCCUAUACCGUAGAUAAAUUAGCAUUUAUUUUGUGCGAAAAAAUAUAAUGACUAAUGAAUUAAUUAACCACAUGUUCACUUUGCCCAGAACAUGAUUGAUGGAGCCGCUUUUAUGGGAGUUGGGUUUGAUGGUCGAGGAAAAUACAGUCCAGAAUCCAGAAAAAUGAGUAUAGUACAAAGAAACUGCAAGAACAAAGCAUCGUAAGUAUAUUCUUUGGAGGUGUUUUUGCUUUCCAAAAUAUACUUUUCCCCUUCAUUUUUGUACAUUAUAUAUAUUUUCAAUAUUGAAGAUUCUUUUAUAAGUAUUUACUGUCCGCUCAUUGGUAAAGUGGUGAUCUGGCGAUAUGUUCAUGUCAUCCCAAGUAUCCAAAUUGACCGUUUAAGCCACGCGAUGACGAACAUCAGAAAUGUUUUCCUCAGUGUUACUCUAUGAUAAUUUUAAGAUAUUUGUCUGACUACCUUUUUGUAGGUACGACGACCUUGAUGUACCAGACACAAUGAACGUACAUGGUGUUUACGAUACCUCUGCUUACAUGUUAACUUUUGAGAGUCGGUCGGAAUAUCGAAGCUACAUCCAGCAGGAAGCAGGUGUCUCUGGUUCAAUUUUUGGGUUCUAUGCUGGUGUGAAGGAGGCCUAUGGAAGCUCUUCGUCUGGAGCGAGUCAGACAUUUCUGUCUGUUCUGUAUGUCGACAUCGAUAGGUAAGUCAUAGAAUUUUCAAUGCAGCGCAAGGUGAGUGCUCAGGGGUACCCAUCUUUCUGUACAAUAGCUGUUAGAAAGGAGCAAAUAUUGCCUUGAAAUUUCCACGGUUUUUUUUAACCAGCGGUAUAGACUUAGGUGACGCAGCCUAGUGGAGAUUAUGCCAUUUUAAAAAUCUUGAAAUGUUUUAUCUUGUUAGUAUGUUCGAUCGUGAUUUUACUGGUUACUGUUACGUCCAAACUUUUUAAUAUUGCUCAAUGUAAUGUUUUGUUGUCCAGUACAAUUUGUGAUUUCAUGUGAAAAAGAUAUCAACCUUAAAGAAAGACAAAGUGUAAUAUGUAUCCUAAUGAAUGAAUUUAUAGUCACUGUUUUAUUGAAGAGUCUUUUUAAUCGAUUUUUAGCCGCCUUCUGUAUCAAUAUUUUCUUCCUUUUUUAGGUAUGAGAUUUUCAUGGACGAGGUGAAACCACAGGAUUUGAGUUUGUCUUUUCUGCGUGAAUUUAUGAAUUUACCAAAUUCCUACUUUGAGGCUGGAGCACCAUUGAAAUAUCGUGAGUAGAAAAUACUAUAUUUAAAUCAUCUUGACAUAUCAAAAUGUUUUUCCUUUGUAAGCUAUUAGAAAAAAGGCAUAACAUGGAAGCAGGUCAACAACCGAGGGUUUUGAGCUAUCGGCAGGUAUUGUGUAAUAGUUGCAACUAAUAUGUGUAGCAUUCCUAUAGAGAAUUCAUCGUUCGACCUACGUUAAUCUCUUUGAUAUUGAAUACCACGUUUGGAUCCCAUCCUGCUAAUCUAGUUCUUCAUCAGAUGAUGGUGGCGAUUGGCUGCGGCAACAGGAGUGAGUGGUGUAUUACGAUCGUCACUGAUAAUAAUUUAUUGGUCGACUUUGAUCCUCACUGUUCAUGCCAGGAAUUGUUCUCUUAGUGGUGUGCAGUGAAAGCGAUUGGUUGUUGCUGUGUUUAAUCCUUGGGAAAACAUGCUUCUACCCUGUUUUCGCUGUUCUUUUUACGGUUUAUGGUAUUAGUGGCAUGGAGGGCUUAUUUUACCAACUAGAGUACUCAGCAGAGGUCUUGAUUUGUCAACAACCAGGCUAUGAAACAAAUGCUCUUGAAGCUCGUGGAAGCCCUAUGUCCUUGCCAUAGUCGGCUUGUAGUUAUAGUACAUUGGUCCGUUGUGAUUUUGUAUAUAAAAUAAUGAAAAUUAUCAUACAUUACCUUACCCAAAAACAAAAGAAGAUAAAAUUUAAACCAAAGAUAAAAUUGAACCACAACGUAUAUAAUGAAGCUUACCUCUAAGUUUUUAGACCAACUGAGUUUGAGUGUAACAUGAUGCAUAUGUGACACAUUUUAUUUGCAACGACAGAGAACUUCAUUCAGCGCUGGGGGACACACUACAUCAAGUCGGCAAAGUUCGGAGGACAACUUCAAAUAAGGAAGACAAAACAGGCUAAACAGGGCCAAAAAAAGACAGAGUUUGCUGUAGAAAUGGAGAUGGAGUAUAAGACUCUGUUCUCGAGUGUUGGAGCUAAAUAUAGCCAAAAAAACGGGUACCAACAGCGCGAGCAAGUGAAGACUUCCUCUACGUCAAUAAUGGCCCAGGGCGGAAGCCAAGAAAUUGCCUCCAUUCUCUCCGAUGCUUAUUCACCAACAUUCAAGGCAGAGUUCAAGGAGUGGCUGCAGUCGAUUCCACGGUACCCAAAAGCGUUUAAAUUCUUGAUGGGAUCGAUUGUUGAUCUGGUGAAUUUCCGAUCGCAUGACUUGUUUCCUGAAGAAAAGGUAGGUAGUUACACUAAUGUAAUUACUUAGAAACUAAUCCAUUUUUCGAUCAUUUUUUGUUUAAAGUUGACCCAGGUGAUAACGUAACCCGAAUUCGAACUAUCUCUUACCUCUUACCCGCUUUUCAGGUAAGCCUUCGCAAAUGGGUUACUAUCUCUUCUUGUAAACAGCCACAGUCGGUCUCUUUUCUCUUUUUCGUGCAGACUCUUUUCGUAAGUUGUCUCAGUCGGCACCUUUCUCGACAAGCAUUUCUACACACUGUUUGCUGAUACAAACCAUAGGACAACAGGGAUAACCUUAACAUAUUGAAGCUAUCACAGUGCUUCCUAGUGGAUUGUUUUUUAAUAUUUCUCAGGUGACCUGGGGCUGCGAAGGAAAGGUAGCAGAUAUGGAAACGGAAGAUGAUGGGCGCAGAUUUUACUACAACUAUUCGCCUAAAGGAAAGAAGACAAAAGUAUACUGCCAAUAUGAUAACCGAAAAGGCCUAGAAGAAGCGAUAAUGGCAAGACGAACAAGCUUGGGCAGAGCCAUUGAAAUUUAUAUGGAAGAGGUAAAUAAGAAAAAAAACAAAGGACUCGCUUUUGGUCCCGGUUGUAUAUUUUACUGAUAGCAGAAUAGAUAUGUAAUGGAUUUACAAGUUGUCGAGAGCCUUAAUUAUCAUCCUACACCUGCACCUAUCCCGUAGCCGUGAUCACCGUUGGGGCACCACGAAUUUUCCAACCUUUUCCUUAUGAUCGUGUUUUUAAACUCCCUUAGGGAUUCACAAAAUCUCAAUCCUUCAUGUCCAGUCAGGGAUGUAAUUUUCCCAGCGCAUUCUUUGUCAUUCUCUUCUUCCUCCCUGCACUUUUCCUUGUAAGACUGUCUUGGCAAGCCCUUCUGAUCUUGAUAGAUGCCCAAACCACUUUUAAUUAACUGUUCGUUGGAUAAGAUGUCAUCAUAGGUCCCGAUGGCUUGCCUGAUUCUAUUUCUGACUUCCUCGUUUAUGCCAAAAAUGUGGUCUUUGUAUGAGGUACUAAGUAGCUUCCUAAAGCAUCUUAUCUCAGUGGCGUGCAAUUUAUUCCUUUAUUCUGCAUGUCCUUUGUCAAUGUUUAGGUUUCGCAGCUGUACAAGAGUACCAAGACAACCAGGGAGCGCAGUUGAUUUUUUAGCUAAGGGAGAUAUUCUUUUUGUCCCAGAUGGUCUUCAGUUUCGAUAGUGCUGCUGUCGUCUGUGCAAAACCUGGACGGUACUUCAGGCUUGGAACCUUGAUCUGCGACAACUGCGCCCAGGUACUUAAAAAUGUCCUGUUGGUCCAAUUUUUGCCGUUGACUCUUAUGUCAAUGCUGAUGCCAUCUGUGUGGUUGGUCAUCAGUUUGGUCUUUUCUACGCUAAUUUCUAUGCAAACGGCAGAAGAGGUCUUAUCCAGGUGAUCAACGAGAGAGGCUACAGUUGUAUUUCCUCCUCUUUUCCUGCUAAGCCCUCAAUUUCAUCGGCAAAACAUAAAUAAGCGAUUGUUUUGCCUCCAAUGCUGACUAUUUCUUUGUGAUCUUCCAGUGGGUUUUUCACAAUUCUCUCCAGAAGGAUAUUAAGAUCUGUGAGAGCAGAGAGCCUUGUAUGACUCCGACCGUCGUUCUAAACCAAUUUCUUGUGCCACCAUUAAGAUGGACGGCACUGCUAACCUUGUUGUAAACAAUGUCUUUGACUGGAAUCAGGUUGGCAUCACUUUUGUAAAGCCUCAUAGUAGGCCAAAGGACUUCGUGCCAUACUCUGUCAAACUCACCAUUUUUAAAUCAAAAAAGACGUGAUAGAGAGCUUUUGUUGAUAUUGGAGGUACCUCUCACACAGUAUCCUGAGGUUGAAUAUCUGUUCUGGUAUCACUGUGUUGUACUGUCCUUCCCUGAAGCCUGUUUGUUCUUCCGUGAUGAUUGUCUCUGCCUGGGGCGUCAACCCGUUUAACAGCCUCUUUAGCGUGACUUUACUUGGAUGGCACAUCCGGCUGAUUGUGCGACAGUUCUUGCGCUGUUGAGGGUUAACUUUCUUCGAAAGGACUGGGUUCAAGAAACCCAAGUAGUAUUGCAAACAAGUUUCAGUUCCUCUUUUUGUGAGAAACGUUUUGACAUUUCUGGCCAAUGAAAGGUGAUAUUUUCCUACUGCCCAUUUCAAAAACACGCGUCAACUCUGAUGUUCAAAAGCGAACUAACGCUUGCCUUCUUCGCUACCGACAAUCAUCUUUGCCUGACUCUUAGAAUUUUAAUUAGCGAGUUCGAAAAGUCAUCUUUUGCGUUUUCUGAUCGGUGAAUUUCGAUCCGUUUUGUAUCUUUCUAUUUUCCAAGGUUCAAUUGCUUAUGAUUGACGGCAGCGAAAGCGCAAUUAUAAGCCUGUCUUUUAUAUUUCAGAGUUCGCAUGUUAUUGAAAAGCGCGGUAAUUUUUAGCGAUUCAUUUUCUUUUGUCUUGUUUUCCGAAAAAUAAGCAUAUACGGAUUCCGGAUUCUAACCCUUGGAUUCCGGAUUCAAGGUACUAGAUUCAGGAUUCUUUGUCAUUAAAACUAGGAUUCCGGAUUACAAUCAAUAGUAAGAUUCUAGAUUCCUCGAUUUGUAUUCCGCAUUCCAAAGCCCAAGAUUUCGGAAUCAACAAGCAAAUACAUUUUCCGGAUUCUGGAUUCCACAAGCAAAACUUACCCGGAUUCCGGAAUCGGGAAUCAGGAUUCCCUUACAUGAGGCAAAAGAUUGUACGUGACAAUUUUGGCGUUCUCAUACUCUUUUAUGUAUAAUAUAGGGCCCCAUUAGUUUGUCUGAAGUAAAACUAGAAAAGUGCACAGUAAGCAGGAGAGACGAGCCUCAAUACACUGAGUCGCUGGUUGAUCAGGCACCACUGUCCUGGAAAGACCUCGUCAACAGUGGAGCAACUUAUCAAGUGACAUUUGACAUGUUGGAUGACUUGAUUAACCCCCUACACGAAGCUUACAGCAUCAAACGAAAUAUGACCAGGAAGCUUCACUACAGGUUGACUGAUUGUUCUUUUUUAUAGCAAAUUAUUUGGCGGGUUCAAAUCAAUUCACACGCCACGACAUAGUUAAUUGAGUGGAAUUGGUUAUGAAACCCGUCAGACUCCUUUGUUAUAUCUUUUUGUGGACCUGAAAGUGCACAACUUUCAAAAGAAUUCGUAUCAUUUUGAUUGUAUUGACCAAUAAAAACGUUGCAUUAAUUUAUUCCGUAACAAUUUGCCAACAGAAAACAAAGAAUUGUGCACUUUCAGGGUGCUUCCAACAUAAACUGCAGCACUGUUGUUUUUAUCAUUGAUGUUUGCCGCUUUUCAUAACCAGUCUCCUCUAAUAACUAUGGCCACGAUUAUUCUGCUGGUAGAUCUACAUGAUCAGAUAAAUACUGUUACGAAAUAGAAAAACGUCUUAUUUUAUUGCACCUCAUUGAGCUUCAGAAAUUGGAAUUAGAAUCAAUGAUUGCUAUGUUGGAAAAACGCGGAUUUUAUAACUACAGCUGUAAAAGAGUAGUAGCUAUAAAAUUGGAAAAACUGUAUUUUGACUCUAUUUAAUGCUUAUAUUAGAGAAGAUAUUUCCCUAUGGAAAUGAAAUGGAUGAGGGUUAAGCGAGAAGUCCAUUUUUUAUGUCAACAAAGAGUUGAGAAUGCUUUGAUAUCGAUUGAAACCCGGACCAAUUCAUGAUCAUACGGAAUAUGGUCAGAUCAUAGGAAAGAUUUGAUUGGUAUGAGUGCAGAAGUAGCCCAUAUAAGCAAGACAUAGUCUUAGGAAUAAGUAGUCUUAGUUAUUGUUUCUUUGAAACAGAGGAGGAGAGUGGUACACUAGCGAUGAAAGGAAUGUCUUCCAUCUGUACAGCGGUUUUGGUGAAAAGGUCACUGAUAUGCGCCAUCAUAAGAUAUCCAUAUUUGGUCUUACACUGACAUACAAAGAAAAAGACGGUAGCCUUGUUCUCGAAGAAGACGAUUUCAAAUCUGCCAAGAAAACGUUUCCUGCGAUUCCCUCUGAUCUUAAAGGAAUGCGUUUGGCUCGUAUUGAAGAAUUGGUUAAAGGAAAGGCGAUCAAAAGAGCGGAUCCCAAUCCCACAACCCCUCCCCCACCCCCUCCGUGCAAGCCUAGGUGGUCCAAUGCCUUUCGUUUGGAGCUCGAAAAUGUGGACGGAAAAUGUCUCCAUUUUACAGCUGCAUCAACUGGACCAAUUAAAGUUCUGUUUUCUGCCAAGCCAGGAAAUGAAGAAAAUCGCUACGGCGUCGUAAUAGAACCCACUAUGGUCAGGAUGUUUAAGGUACGCAUUGAUCCCGUUAAGCAACAACUUAAACUGUUAAGCAACAAACUUUCAAACUUAGUACGUCGCUGGCAGCGAAAACGCACUAAAAAUGAAUGUGCUUUCUUUAAAACUCCACGAGAAUUAUAUAUUCGCUUAAUAUUCCAAACUAAGGCCUCCAUAAAACAAAUUUAAAGAGUAUUCGUGCAAGAAACAAAUCUCCUACCAGGUCAGAUUGAAGACAACAUCCAACAAUGUCCAUUAAUACGUUUAAAUGGAUCUGAAAUGUUAAUUCAACAACGUUUGAUGAUUUUACACCAUUAUUUUUGAUUCCUUAGGCGCUUACAUGGCAUGCAAAUGCAAAGCAAGCGAAAAGUGCAGCUCACGACUUAUAAACAAAUUUAAGGCUUUUAACUAAUAAGUUAUUUAUCGUUGAAUUGUGGUAUGACAAUCGAAAUUAAUCUACUGGAGCUGUGUCGAGAAAUUUAUCAAAAUUCAAACAGUUUGAACUGCCAACAUAUCGAGUUAAACAUAAAUAAAACCUUUGAAAACGUUUAAAAGGUAUAAAUAUCACAGCUGAUACAAAAGGAGGCAUUGAUGGACAUAUUAGGAAGAAGAUUGAAACUAAUGUUCGUCGCCGUUAGGGACUUUUCGGUGUGCCUCAGCGACAGAAAAUCCAAACUGAAGACGUAAAUCAAUGUUUACGUAAUAAACAGUAGUCAAGGGGUUCCCCAUUGAAGUUUGUUCAAUUUUAUGUUUCUCCUGGUCGAUUAUGGUAACGUUUCGUGUACUUCUGCGAGCAAGAUCCAGGAAAACUCAAAUUAUAGCUUCAAAUGCUUCUUCUAAAGAGGAAUGUAUUCCACGAGGCUCAAUUCACCUUUGUGACCUUUUGUUUUCCAUUCGUGAACAAUACCUUUCCUGUCCAUGCAGAUUUAUAAAUUAAAGAUUUCACCACAUCAGUAUGGAAUUGGCAGUUGCGCAGACGUCUUUCCUGCGAAUCGUCCCCAACGGCGAGGAGCGAGGAGAGACGACUGUAUUCUGUAAUUACGUCGUUUGCAAUUUUUGAUAUAAUGCUUGGGAGACAUGUCUGUUUCGCACCAACUGAAGCUGUGAUUUUGUCAUUCAUAAGCUCCGUAGCGAAUGAGAACGACCAAUCGGCAUUGUAAAAAAAAUGAACUACAGUAGUCUUUUAAUUUUCUAAGUGUGACCAACAUCAAUUUUCUCUUGACAAUAUCAAUACUUCUCAAUUAAGAGGAUUAAAGUUUAUGAGAAUUAAUAAACUGAGCACCAAAGCAAAAAUAAUUUUAUCUUUUAGCAAAUGCUCUCAACUAAUUCCUCAAGGUAAUGUAUGGAGACCAGUGAGGAGAAUUUCUAUGUGAAUAUUGGGGCUGAAAGGCUUCACUUUUCCUGUUUGCAGGGCAGGGAUGCCAGAGACUAUAAACAUUAUGUGACAAAUGUAGACGCAGUUGGAUUGGGUGCGAAAUCGUUGUAUGAUGCUUACUUCGUGUGCAUCACCGUCUCUGGCGAAAGAACUUUGAUUGAAUAUGGUAAAAGUAAAGGCACAAGAGAUACUGGUAAUGUCUUCCUUAGUAUGGUGGACAGGACCAGGAACUUUGAUGUUCGAUUCUAUGCUUUUGGAAACGAAGGCGCUGCAGCGAGAAUCGUGGAUGCCCAUAUUGUAUCCCGUAAACUAUUCCAAAUGACCUGCAGAGAAAAUACUGUUAAGGAUGCGAAAGAGAACUUGUGCAUGGAGGGCUGCCACAGAGCCUGUGAUCCAUUUGAAAGUAGGUUAUUUUCGGAACGCCUUUCUAUUGUAUUGCUUCUUAGCCUGUUAGCAAGCUUUCUUGGGUGCUCCGGCGGCACAGCGAAAAUUGUGCACACGCCCCUAAGAGCUUGCUAGCAGGUUUAUUCCUUCUGUGCGGUGUAGAUUGUUACGAUUAGUUAUCAAAUUGUUGCCAAUAAAUUGUGCAAAUACUCCGAUGAAAAUACACUGCUAAAUUCGCAACUUAAGAUUACUUAAGCUUUAGCCUCCUCCUCGGAAUAGGCUAGCCUGAGAGAACAGCCGAAAUUACGCAGCGCCAUCAUUGGUUUCCCCGCGAAAUCGGGCCUCUGAGGAACUAAACAAACGCAGAAAUUCCAUAAUGAUGACGUUACGCAACCCAGAUCUGGAGAGGGUCGCGUUAUCAGUAUGGAAUUUUUAUGCUCUUUCUUCAGAGGUCAUAUUGCAGGGAAAUCUGUAGCAGUAAUUAUAAAAAUCAAGUUUUUUUUUCUUCGGUAUGGUCCCCACCAGUCCUCUUGUGACUGCAUUAGUCAGAUUUUGCCGGCCUUUUCAUCAGCAGCUACAUGCUGAUGCUUGUUCUUGUUGAUUGUUUCCAUUUCGUCUUUUUUUGGCUGAAAAAAAAAAUAAGUGUAGUGCUGUUUUUCAGGUUGCUCAGAGAAAAACAAUGACAAGAAGUGUAACAAGUGCCGUUUUGCAAAGGAUCCUGAUGAAAAUCAAUGUUUGGAAGAAUGCCUGGCACCAAAGACGCUGAAAAAGAAUAAAGAUUGUGUCGGUAUGGUGUUGUCUCUUUCUUCAAUGCGAAACACUCAUGGUUUAUCAAUCCAACUUUGCCGGCAUAUUUUGGAUAUGUUCAAGCGGCUUUGAAAGUUUUACUGCAUGACCUUUUUGAGUCUGAUUCCACAUAAUCCAACGACUGUGUUAACACUGUCCAACAAGGUCACUUAGCCCAGUUAGUCCUAUCCAGUAAUGUUGGGAAUAUCCCUAUCAUGGUAGGAUCCGCUCACACGGGCCCCUAGUAUGCAUUUUUUUUCCUGUCGUUAACCCCAGUAAUACACAGGCGUGUGCGAGAAAAUUAAUUCAAGGACCAACCCAAGCUCGCGAGCUUUUAAUUGCAGUGCAUUUCUGAUCAUCUCCCUUGUCGACUUCAAGAGAAAUUAAUGCUGUUAUAAAUAACAAAGAAGAUUUCAUUUGUGCGUAAGGCAAAUUACUCCCUUUACAAUUACCUUAAAGAAAAAGUAACUUUUAUCGUGGCGAGUUAAAUUAAAAGUUUACCACCCUCUAUUUAAAAGUAAAAUAUACUUUUUGUUGGAAACGUCUAGGCGUCUCUUUGAUCAGAGCAAAAACUAGACACUUUAACUGUUUUUGGAAAUUUUAGUGGGGAAGGUACAAUUCAAUUCUCUCCUUGAAAAUCGAUGUCUGUCCUUAGAAACUGGUUCAUGGAAAAAUUCCAUUUGUUAUGCUCUUCCGACUUGGUCAGGAAUGAAAACUGCUCUUUUCAUCAUUAAGUUUCAUUCUCAAUUAUUUAGGUCCUGGUGUGGUGAGCAUUUGCAAGCAGUUGCUAGAAACGUUUUAUUUCUCUUAACAGACUCGUUUGAUUAUAAAGUUGAACAAGGCAAUUCACUCCUGCAUGGAAAUGUUUUACCGGGCGCUGAAGAGUAUACUAUGUGCUUUUGGGUACGAUUGGCGAAGGACUGGGUCAGAAAUACCAAUGGCUUGGACACGGUUGCAGAUUUUGUAGACCUUAGGAUGAAAGCAGUUAGCGGGAGUGAUUACUCCAUCGCAUAUCAGACGAGAGGACCUACAUCAUUAAGAAUCGACUGGGACAAUCAGAGGCCUUGGGUGUAGUAAGACACUUUUUUGUGAAAUUUUCAUGCUUAGAAAACUCAAAUCAAUGAAAAGUACCACGCUAAUACUUUUAUAGACUUUACUUUUAGCAUAUUAUUUGUUUAUUUUAUAGAAUCGUUUAACUAUUACCACAAGUGAGGUUACAUGUAUUAAAUUGGCAUGUGUAAUCAAAUGGUGAGUCGGAAAAUUAUUAGGAUUUAGACAAAACUCGCGUGAAAUUAUUCCCUAAUUUCACUCGUCACCAUUUCCUAUCAGAAUAACAUGGGUGACAAAAAAAUUGGUUCAAAAUCGUGGGUUUCAGCAUGUUGAUCUGAAAAAUUUAUAGCUUGAUGAGUUUGGCUACAGUUCAUAAUUUUCCAAAUUUUUCGCAAAAUACAUGAUAGAAUUCUUCUUAGUCUGCACUUUUGUGUGUUUAGAUUUCUAAAGCGUCUUUUAAUGCCCUGACAUCUUCAUUCAUAAAUUUUUGAAUCGUUGACGCCAUUUGACGCUGAGAGGCAAGGAACGUUGCCAUGGCAAUUUUGUAAUUUCACCUGUGAAGUUAUAAAUUGACGCUGAAGGCUUGCGCCAAGAUUGAGGAUUAAUUUGUCACCCAUGAUAUUAGAACCUUUAAAUGAUGAAUUUAGUAAAAUGGGAUGGAAAUGCUCAAUUUAUUUAUUAUAUUUUGGAUCAUCCGCAGCAUUGAAUUUGCGUCGCUUGGAGACAAGAAUUGGCAUCAGCUGUGCCACGCCUGGUCUAGCAGGACAUCUGCUUGGGCAAUUUACCUAGAUGGAAACAAAGAAAGGACGGGUCUCUAUGAUUUCAGGGUUGCCAGUGGUUUCGAGAUAUACUUUCCACAUUAUAGUCAACUUGGCUCUAACUUAUUUUUACUCUCCCAAUUGAACGUUUGGGAUAAGUUUUACUCCAGCCAAGAAAUACAGAAACUGUCUGAAAAAUGCAACGCAGGUGUGGGCAAUGUCGCCUCUUGGGUAGAAAUGUAUGACGCAAAAAAGAAAGCGAUGUUUUCCAAGCCUUCCAAGUGCAAAGCGAAGGCAGAGAUUCCAACGACUACUCCGACAACACCAUCAACAACUUCUCCUACCACAACAGCCACCACCCCAACUACAAAACCAACUACUCCUCCCCCUCCGCCACCAGGUGCUAAUUGAUCAUUGUAUUUAAAUAUUUUCAAAACAAAAAUACAGUUAGCAGAAAUUUCCAUAUGCAACCAACCAAUUAAAAUGCCAAGAUUUGGUUUUCGUUUACAGAGGUGUUUGUUGUUACAUGAUUCACUUCAACUGUAGUGUUUUGGCUGGGAAGAAAUGAUUUUUGUGUUGGGAAUAUUGCGUCUUUCGAGAGGUUGUUUCGCGUGGAGGUUAGAUCAAAGUAAUAUACCUAUUACUAAAGAGAAUGUGAUAAAAAUGAUAAAGUCACAAAAAGAUUACUGUCAUCACUUAAUACCUUUACCCGUACACCAAAUGCUGUAGUGGAGGUGUAGUGACUUUUAAACAAACAAAUAUCAGCAGGAAAACAGUCAUUGUAAUUAACAGUGCUUAAAUUUGUGAUUUUCUUUUAGUAAUUUGCUUCAGAUCAAAACCUGAAAACAUUAGCCCAAUUUUGUCAAGUUUUAAUCCAUGUCCAUUUUUAAUUGUGAUCGCGUAGCAACAGACUACAGGAAGCAAUUUUAGUGCCCAAAUUGAGUCUACACACACGCCAACAAGCAAAACUGGACCAUCAUACUUUUGAUAUUCAAUAGAUGUGAUGACAUUUGUGGAUUUAGAUCCGUUUUGUGUGUCUCUGUUUUUCACGGCUUGUUGCUCGUGAUCGUAAUUAUGAUUGAUGGCAGCCAAGAACGCAAUUUUAUGCUACGUUCUAAAUUUCAGAGUUUUCAUGUUAUUGAGAAGCGCAGUAGGAGAUGUUUGUUCAGUGUAGUACCCUGGAUAUAGAAUCUUCCUUUAAGUUAAACAUCGCAUGUGGCGGUGCGCUAAGAAACUUUGGAUCAUUUUUCCUUUUCUUUUCACAGAAUCAUUUGAUUUUAAAAUCGAACAGAACAAUGAUUUGGUGCAGGUCGAAAAUGUCCUACCUGGAGCUGAAGAGUACACUUUGUGUUUUUGGCUUCAACUGACGCAGAACUGGGUCGAAAACAGCGGUGGUUAUGACACAUCAGCAGAAUUAAUAGAACUUGAAAUGAAAGCAGUUAGCGGGGAUGAUUACUCUAUCGCAUAUCAGUCAAGAGGACCUACUGUUUUCAGAUUCGACUGGGACAAUCGCAAAACUUGGGAGAUGUAAGUUGAUCAUCUCUUUCGUACAAUACUAAUCACUUACAAGGCUCACAUGUGAAAAAGUACCAUACUUUCUUUUAUACAUUUUAUUCGUGCUGUCAAAGUUAUUUUCAAAGCUUAUAGAUUUCUUAGUUAGUAUUAACUGUUAAUACAAGUGUGGAAACAUAUAUCAACUCCAGCUGGAACGAAAGUUAACUUCCUUUAAUUUCCCAAGGUUUUUUCACGCGAUUCAGGCGGAACGAAGCAGGCGAAGGGACGAACUUGAUCAAACUUAAUAACGAAAAAUAAACUGAAUAUACAUUACCACACAAAUUUAUAAUUUGUUAGUUUAGUUCGCCGUAUGUGAAGAUCAACGUUUGCCCCGAAGACAAUGUUCACCGACAGACGUUCUUUUCGUCUGAAGCAGAACGUGUUACACGAUCCAAACUCAUUCAGACGAAUUUAACUGAGCCAGAAGUCGAACUUUUCAUGAACUUAGCUCACUAAGUUUGGUACGUCUCAUGUAAAGUUUUACAUUUGCCUCAUAGACCUUAGUUCGCGACAGUUACCCUCUUUCCCUCGUCGGAAGAACAGCUUCGUAAAGUCUAAGCAAAAUUUUUGAGACCGGAUGAAGUUGUUAUGGUUACAAAUACGGUAAAAACUGGUCAAUCUUUGAUGAUCGCCCGUUAUCUGUAAAAAAGAAGCACUUUUGAAAUUCAAUUUCCGCUCAUAGUAGCUUCAACCUUUUUAAGAACAUGUCACGUGAAAGAUCCUGGAGAUUGCUGGAAUGAAUGAGAAGGAUUUGAUUAGCAUGUAUUGAGGCACGAGUCUUAUCAGCAGUUUUGUAAACAUUUUGGUCUUCUUAAACAAGCGAAUUAGUUUGAAAUCGCUGAUAGAAAAAAAAUGAGAUUCUCGAGAUUAACUGUCGUUCUAUAUGACCUGUGAGUUUCAAGAUUAUAAUUAUUAUUGAUGACUUGUCAGGCAAUAAGAUAAGGGCUACAAUGGAUGUUACUGAAACGAGGUACGGGGAGCGGAGAACGAACACGGGGAACUGGAAAAUGAAAAAUGGGAACAAAACAAAUAAUUAGAAUUUUCAGUUACUGAUAGGGCUAGGGUUCAAGUGAGGUUUUGUUCCCAUUUUUUAUUUCCCCCUUCCCCGUGCUCGUUUCCCGCUCCCUGUUCCCCGUUUUAGUAACACCCAACACCCGAGCUACUCUGAAUUCUCUAUUUUUUUUUGUCGGAAAAGAGCCUCUCAUUAUUUAGGGAUAUUGUCCUAUCUCCAAGUUCCAUUUUCACGAGAAGCAGUGACUAACAACGAAUUUGAAGUACGCAGAAAUGUACAGUUAGCUCUUGUUGUCCCGACGAAAAUAUGUUUCUUGGGUACCAGCCUACUUCCAAAUGUCAGUGAACUUGUUAAACUAAAUCACGUCUUCUGGUGAUGGGAAUUGGUUGUCUGUGUUCUAUAACAUUCGAACCUUUAAAUGAUAAACAUAGUAAAUUUAGCAAAUAAAUAACAUAUAUCGUAUAUUUUGGAUCAUUUGAAGAUUAUACGUUGCGUCGCUUGAGGACAAGAAUUGGCAUCAAGUCUGCCAUACCUGGUCCAGUAAGACAUCUACAUGGUCAAUUUACAUGGAUGGAAUACAGAAAAAGACGGGAAGCUAUCAAUUCAGGGCUACCAGUGGGUUCAAGAUAUCCUUCCCGCGUUCGGGUUCAUCGAUCGGCAGCAACAAAUUCUUACUUUCGCAGGUGAAUGUUUGGAAUCGGAUCUUCACCAGCGACGAAAUAAAAACAUUGUCCAAGAAAUGUGACGCAGGAACGGGCAAUGUGGCCUCUUGGGCAGACAUGUAUGUCCGAAAUAAGAAAGCGAUGUUUUCCGAGCCAUCCAAGUGCAAACCAAAACCAGGUGCCAUAACGAUACUUUUUAAAGCAAUAUGUGAACAUAAAUACAAUCGAAUUGUAACUUCCCAAAAGCAACCAAAGUAAAAUGCCCAUAUUUGGUCAUUUUUGUUUGCUGAGAAUUGUCGUUGUUAUAUUUAUGAGAGACGUCAACUGUUAAGUGUAUUGGGUUAGUUAAUUCAUCCCGUUAUUUAUACCGAUUCUACGCAAAGUAUUAAGAAGGACGCAAAGCCAAGGAAUCUCAUUUGCCCUCAUCCCAGUUGCUUGCUGUAUAGUUUGUAUGUAUCACUGUUUAUAAUGGCAAUUUUAUAAUUGUAUUAUCAUUAUCGUCAUUAUUUAUUAUUGCGCCAACAUUCCACGGUAUAAAGAUACUUAUUUUCGUCUUUACAGGUACAUAUGAUCUGAACAUCGCCAAAGGUGUUUGGAUUGGAGAUAAACCGGGAUCAGGAACAUUUGAAGAGUACACCUUAUGCUUCUGGCUGAAAAUCGAAAACUGGGUUCGAGUACAAGGUUCCAACACAGACGUGCAGCUGGUUCUUACUUCAAUGACUGUCAGUGGUGCUUCCUUGCCCAAAUCUCUGACUUACUCUUUGUUAGGAGACGAGAUCACUGACAUUAGACUAGAAGUGGGUGAUUUUUAUAAGCCAAAGACGAGGUAAAUUUACGUCUUGUAAAAAUAACCAAUCUCAACUGGUCCUCUUGUUUUACGCAUUUUUCCCAAAGACGUUUGACAAUGUCUGUACCAAUUGAGAAGAGGUUGAAGGCAAAGUACAACCGAUAAUUGGCGUUGUCAAUUGGAGUAUGCGUCCCACGCGCGGAAAACAGUAUUUUGAAUCAAUUUCCGUGUUCAGUCUCUGAUAAGACGUUCUCUUUGGGAUUCUAAGGACCUUAAACAAGGACGACGACGACGGCAGGGAAAACCUUUGCAUUCUUUCAAACUUAAUCGCUUCAUAUUUGGACCCGCUCAAUAUGUCAAAUGCAAGCGACUUUUCCUGGAGUUGAAUUCUUAAGGAUUUUAUUCAGGUUCAAAAAGAAGAAGGAAAAUUUGUCGUCGUAUGUCCACUUCCUCCUUAAAACGUGAAAUUAGGAGGUUUCACGUCGUAGUCGUGCAGUGGACGUCAAAGAAAUGUACUAAAAAGCGUGAUGCACGUGCAGAGAUGUUGUUUUGAUCAUUAAACCUAUUGUUUAUUGGAAGUCCUCGUUGUGGUCGUCGUCGUAGUUGCUUAAGCUCCCUAAUGAAAGACAUUCGUUUCAUAGUAGAAUGUGUAGUCAAUUUGUUAUUGAUUGAGUCGUUUUGACCGUGUACUGAUAUUCUUUUUCAUCAGGCAAUUGUCCAUUUGCUGGACAUUUAUUUAUUGCAUUGCCAUUUAUGUAAACAUUUACUGUUUUCCUCGGACGCUAUUCUUUUUUCAGCAAACAAAUCCUUCAGUUCACUUCUGACCUUAUUGGCUAACGCGUACGUACACUAACCAUAUUUGGAUUUGAUAUAAUGGCUCGCUAGGCCAAUGAAAAUUCAGGGAUUCAGCAUUUAUUAAUGUUUGAUAUUCCGAGAAAGCGAACCAAUCAUAUUUCUUGAAAAACCAUAUCAAUCAGUGCGAAUUAACCUGAAUUUCCCGAAUUAAGUUGUGCAAAGAUUAUCAAAGACCUUUCGAAUAGAAACAGUACAGACAGGUCAUACUUAGAACCUCAUCGUUUAGCCCAUAAGACCGACAAAUACUACCGUUCCAAUGAAUAGAGCUUGUGCAAUUUACAGCAGAAGCUUAAGGUGCAUCGGCCUUCAUUGCAUACUAGUGACGCCAAUAAAUGAACUGAUUUCAAAGUAAUUUACAAUAAUCCCUUUUGUUAUUUACAGACAGAGCAUGGGUGUACUUGCCGACAAGAAUUGGCAUCAUGUGUGUCACUUGUGGUCUACCAAAACAAGUGAAGUCAAAAUUUUCGUUGACGGAAAGGCAGGAGCAACCGGCACUCUUUCCUAUGGCAAAGCACCUACAAAGUUCGACAUAAGCCUUGGACCAGGCAAUCAGGGAUUCAUCGGUACCAACACGCUUUAUUUGUCACAAGUGAAUGUAUGGAAUCGGCUUCUUACCAGCGCUGAUAUUACACAGUACUCCCAAAGUUGCAACGCUGGGAUAGGCAACUUGGUGUCAUGGGCGAAUAUGUACGACGAAUCAAAGGUGUCUUGGUACACCAAACCUUCUAAUUGUAAGGCGCCAUCAGGAAGUACAAGGGGUGAUUCAGAAUCUUCUCACGCUCGCCGAGAUCUUCCUGUGGCAUCUUAUACCCACCUACCAAAGCACUCAAUAAAAUAUAGAAGAUGAGAAACGUUUCUGUUUUUGUAAUUGUAACCGAAAUGGCCUUUAACCUUGCUAAAGUGAUAUACCAUUAGUACCAGUAUAGUAGUACGUGCCUCAAGUAGAAAGUGAAUGAUCAUAGUAUUUUUAUUAUUUACGGCUUUGAAGCGCUGGAAGAUAAGAAUGUUUUUGGAAGGGAUCCAACUAAGUUUACUCUUCCUCCAUGAUACGCAUUGCGCAGUGCAUGACACUUAUUUUUAAAUGAUCCAUCUUUGAAAUAUUCAUGGCUUUAAUCUGUGAGAAAAUUGAAAUUUAGGCAAAUAUUGGAACAGCAUAUUUAAAUAAUAAAGAAUUAUGAACCGAUAAGACUUUUAGUCUCAUGAAUUAGCCUGGAAUAGCUGCAAUCUUUCCCGUAGCAAUUGUAUCCUGCAUUAAAGUCCAGAUUGUUCCAAGUAUGAAGAAUAGCUUGUUGAGUUUGUUUACUCUUUUCAUUUAUUAUACGAUUUUCCGUCGAAAACGGUUUACCGUAAGUAAGCAAUCAGCCCACAAUUUUUCUCCUAAAUUGAUUUCCCCUUAUGCGUGUCAUUAAACUCAUGGUUACUCAGUUCACCUAGGACUGUACCGCCUCCCCCACAUUCAUACCACGCUUUUGCGUUAAUGACAUGAGUGGGAACUUCAAAAAAUGUUUACCUUAAUACAAUGAAUGCCGAGAACUUGGGUUGGUACAAUAACUGCAUUUAUGUAAUCACGGUCGAGGGACUGAUUAUUCCGCUCUUAGGUAAUUAGAAGUGCAGAGUAAUACCAAGGGGUGGGGAAUGAAGGAAAAAGGCGGAAGUAACACCCGUUUUCGCACCUGGCAAGGAGGCUAUAGCACGCCUGACCUUCUCGUGCACUCUAACUAGAUACUUGGUUCAAACGCUUCCGGGUGUUUUGGUGUUAGCACAGUGUGCCCACAUCGUUAAUCAAAUUUUAUCAUAGAGCAUCGCUGAUUGCCAACAUAACCGUUGUUUCAUCAGUUUUAAUUUACGAUUCUUUGCUCUCUUCUCUCUAUUGCAGUUUGAGCAAUUUCAGCGGGCAACGCGAGUGAUUAGUUCCUCACUAUCGAUAACCUUAGGGCUAUAUAAAAUACUUCAUACAAAGUGCUCGCCUUCGGUAUUUACCCACGUGUUGUUGACGUAUCAGAAAUGGACCGAGCGCAGCGAACGAUUAAGAUUUCUGAUACAAAAUCAACGAGUGCGUGUGUAAAUACCAUACAAAGCAUUUUCCAGUUAGGUUCAACUGUGAGACAAUUCAUCAUACUGCUACUCUUUUUAUUUCAAAACUUUCCAAAACGCUAAAAUGCUAAAAUUUACCACCAUGCACAGCAAAAUGACGACAAAAACGUAAUAUAUCACUAAAAACCUCUUAUAAAAGUUACAAGAGGGCAAGGACGGCGGUAAUCCACGAAUAACAAACCAUGUGAAUUAACUCUUGCUCUCAAUGUACAAUUAAAAAUGAUUGAAUUUCGGGAAAAGGGACAGUUUGAAUAUAAACAGUAGACAAAAUUGCUCCAGGUUCAGCUUGAAAUAUGCUUUAGAUUUCUCGUUCUGUUCCCCAUCGGCUAUUGUUUUGCCGGCACUCCACAAUUUUCUUCAUCGACAGUGAAACAUUACGAAACUGUCCAGCUCCAAUUUACGAGUUUCACUUUUUUGCGAGAAAAACUGGGAGCGAAACUCUGCUUUGUAGUCUUUUCUCGCUGAAUGUCUGCGAGGAAACUCGGAAAUUUAAAGCGAGGGCGCUGCAAAUUGCAAGCUACAAGCGCCUACAAAGGCGGGAAUUUUGGGCCGAAACUCACACACCUCUGUGGCUUUUGAUCAGACGUAUCAUUUUUGUCACACGUAAAAUAAUAUCGUUUACAAUUCUGAUUGGACGAAUCACUUUUUUCACGUCUGAAACACAUAGUUCCCUCCUCUUAUUGGCUAGAAAUCAUUUGCGUAUGAACUUUUCAGUGAGUAAGUCAGUAGGUAUAUAAUAAAAAUCGAUAUUAUCUAUGUUUUCACAAGUUACAUGUAACUGGCAAUUUUACAGUAUUUCCUGAAAACACACUCGUGUGAAAAAAUAUGCCAACUUAUGCGCGUAAAACGCGGUUUAUAACGCAUUAACCACACUUCCUCUGAACUUUAACUUUUAUAGGAUUCUCAGCUGGAGAAGUAAAUGUUCCCAGAAUAACAUGGCUGUUCAAGUAAAAAGUUUCACCUUAGUUACACGUUACGCCGGACGUUACGCUAAAGUUCUGUCGCAGAUGCUGCUAGUCUGGGUGCUAAAACCGCUGACCCGGUGAGCACGUGACCUUUUCGUGAAAUCGUGUCUUAGGAACAAAAUAAAGUAAAGGCCGUAUGCCAGAGUAAACAUUAGGGAGCUUAAGCAACGACGAAGGCGACGGCAACGAAAGCGGCAAAAAAACAAUUAAUGUUUUAGAUUAAUUGGUAAAACAGCAGCAUCACGCUUUUUUUUUACAUUUCUUUGUCGUCACUGCACGAAUUGGCCACUCCAGAAAAUACCAUAACAUACCAUUAUGUUCUUUGUUUGUCACCCCACAAUUUUUUCAUAAGCAUUGUUUUCAGUUUCUCUUGGGGCCAUUUUAACUCCCACGAGAAACUGAAGAAAAUGUUUUUUGCAAAAUUUUGGGGUGACAAACAAAGAACAUUAUGGUAUGUUAUGGUAUCAGUUCUGGAGUGGUCAAUAGACGUGAAAGCCUUAUUUGACGUUUUGUGGAGAUCGUGAACAAAAGAAACAACUUUCUUUUUUUUCUUUUCCUGAACUUCGAUACAGUCCUUUAAAAUUCAAGUCCAGAAACAUUUGCCAAUAUUUGACGAAUUGAACGCAACGGAAUCUGAGCGCGAUAAAGCACAAGGCAGCGUGAAUUCACUUUUCAAGUUACGGUUUCGUAGUUGUUAACGUCGUCGUUGCUUUAUAAUUAUUUUAUUGUUAUUAUUUAUUUACCAGAAACCUCUACCCUUCGAAGCCGAAGAUUGAUGGCGUGGGGUCAGCUAAAUAUUAGGAAAAAAGAAAAAUGCAAAGUACAUUUUUAGUUUAGUACAGGACUAUGAUUGAAUGAAGAAACUGACUGUUUACAUUUAGUUAAAAAUUUUUCUCAAAGAAAGGCUGAGGCAGACAGUCACCACUGAGUGAUUGUUCUACUGGUAGAGUUGCCUGUUAUCAAAGUGGACGCCAGUAUAUUAAGAACACACCCUACUGAAGGCUGACCGGCUAUGCACAGCCUAAUUUACGAUAUAUGAUUAGUAAUACCUAAACAGAAAUUAAAGUCAGGAGCAAUUAAGAAAAUCUGAGUCCGAUCAUAGCAUCGCGGUUCUCAGAAGUUAUAGCGAAUGGCAGCUCUCUUGAGACGUUUUGAUGUGGUAGUUGUAAGCAACUCUGAAGUUUAAUAAUAUACGCAGGAACAGGAGUGGAGACUAACAGGUAUAACUCCUGUGUGGGUUUUCGAUUGAAUCGAAGUCUGUUGGAAGACCAAAUUCUUUUUCAGGAGAGAGCGACGGAAAACGGUCCUUAGGUCAUGCUAAAUGUAAAACCAUUUUAGCCACAUAUAAUCAGCUCCUACCACAUACAUAAUAAACUUCAGAAGUCUAAACGAGGAAAAAAUCACAAUCUUUUGGCGUCAUGGCAAAUGUUGAGACAAGCUGAGAGCUGCUUUCAUUUCCUCCAUUCGAUCUGGUAUUUCUUUCCCGAAGCCGUUCCUAACAAGGGAUAGAAAUUUGAAUUGCCUCAAUAAGUUGGGAAUACAGCAAACUCUGAAAACGUCCAUAAAUAGAUUUCUCCAAGAACAGUUACAAAUAGAAGAACAGAUUCAUUCAAUUGACAUUUUUCGGUUGGUGCGUUGAAUUAAGCUCUAAAAAAGUACUGAAUAAGGACAAACUGUCAAGAUUACAAUCUGCUAGUAAUUGAUCGGUAGCCCAUGAUCAAUGCAUUGUAAUCUCUCAUUGUUAUUAAUAAGUAAUCAUAUUUUUCGACAACAUGAAGCUUCCUCUAUUCUUUCCAAAUCCAUUCUGGUAAAAGCUUGGAGACUUAUUUGAAUCACGAAGGUAAGGGUUUACUUAAUAGCUACUAUCUUAAUUUUUCUUUAAAUUCUCUCUAAAAGUAGAAAUACGUAGUUGAACCCUUUUCUUCUUCAAAUCAGAAGCGCGUUUGAUUAUUGGACAUUUUCGAGUUGACUUUGAUUUUCCCCCCUUUUUUCAUUUUUUUCAAAAACAGCGCUGUUGAGUAGUAAUUGAGUGGCGUUUCUAAUUAAUUUCCUUUUUAUUUUUCGGGACUGGAACAAGAGUUUGAAGCAGUAGACCCCGUGAAAGAGAAAAAAGUUUUGAGAUCAGACUAGACAACUGCAAUAUAAAAAAGGAUAAAACGUUCCUAUGUUUUACUACAGUGGCCUGGAUUUAAAUACUUGAUAACGUCCUAAAUGAGAUACCCGGGGGCUGAUAUAAUGGAAAUUCUACUGUCUUUACCCUUUCUUACCGUUUUUUUUUUCCAGGUUGUCUGGUUGUAAAGCAAAAGAAAUGAAGACUUUUACAUUUCUCUUGUUUGUUUCCGUUUACAUACCGCAGUUUUACAGUGAGUUAAAGCAUUUUACCUUCUAAAACAACCCUUGAUUUAAAAAAUACUGACAUAAAAUGACACAAAAUGAAGACAGAUGAAACCAUGACCGCGUUAUUAUUUCUUUUUCAAGUACUUGAGUAUCUAAAAUCAAUCAAAGGACCGUCCACCUUGAAUGAGCCUCAAAAGUAGUGAAGAAUAAAAAAAUGAAAGAAGGACUUAAGAAAAAAAAAAAGGCGGCGUUUGGUUAAGAAAGAAACGAGUUUCUGAACCGAAGAGUAAUGUAAUAUUUAACUGAUAUAAGUUGGUUAAACAGUUUGGCUCAAUCACUGACAACAGGUCCUGCAGAGAAGUGAAUGAUUAUUGUUAUUUAGUAUACCAUCCAAGAAACUAAAUGUUUUGGUUUUAAUUUGAAAGAUUCAAUCUUCUUCACCAGCGUGAAUUAAAGAAGGUGUGUUUUCCGUUUCAUUCAUAAUUCCUUCGUCCAAUAAGCAAAUAAAUAAAGCUAAUGACAUUUAUCAAUGAAAAGGCAAACUAGAGGUUUCUAUAAGCCACACAUGGAUAUUUGAGGAAGAGGUGGUUUAAAAAACGUCUGUUUGGUUUUCCUUCAGCAAAUCUAUAAGUUCUGGUACGUUCUGUAGAAAAAAGGUUCAUUAUAAAUAACCUUUGGAAAAAAAAUUAAGAUUCAAAGGGAACAGUGUUAACAUGUUUUCACAUUUUCGAAGCAUUAGAAAAAAAAUAUUUUCAAUUGGUCAUUUUGCAAGUUUUGCCUUGGUUGGCCCGAUUGUUUAAAUUGACUUGAAGCAGGACAGGACCUGCUGAGCUUCCCGGUGGCCACAGAGUGGAACUGUUUUCAAAUAAAAUUUUAAAUACUUCUUUGUAAAUCGUCUUGAAGUUAGAAAUUUAGGCCAAAAAAAUAAAAUCGAAUACCAAAUGGGGCUAAUAUUUACUGAGAAGAAGACUGACCAUGCAAUAAAAAAGCAAUAUAUAUAAACUGAUACGCAAUAUACUUCCUGAUUUGAAAUCUGUAAACAAAAAACAGAAGAAGUCAAACUUAUUAUUUACAAACAGCAGAUUACAAAAAGAAAACAGUGGAACAAAUAUAAAAAUUAGCGGCUGAAACAAAAACAAAAUAGCAGAGAGAACAUCAGUAAUGUCUGAUGCCAUAAGUCUUGUACGGGCCUCUUCUUCUGAAUAAGCCAGAAGGGGCUUCUCACAAGAAACAUCGUUCAGAUGGCAAAAAAUAAAGUUACUAUAAGGCUGUUUUCAGUGACCCAUUAGCACUAGUCGCUGCUGAGCAGUGCGGGAUAUAGACGGCUCAUUCUUUUUUCGAGCAGCCGAAAAAUCUCAAAUUAACUGUGGUAGAAUGAAUAGUUUAUCUCGUAUUAGCAAAAGGUAAAAACGGCUUUAACGAAAAAAAUGUAAUAAUUUGAAAAUCGUAUCUCAUAAAACGGCGCUCUACAGUUUUGUAUUUGGAGGUGACACAAGUGACGUCAUGGAACUUCAGUGGUAUCAUUAGUAUCAUUUUACUCCCUCCUUUCACAAGAACAAAAAAUAACAGGCAUUGAGAUAAUCUUCAUUUUUUCCUGAAAAGGUGAAUCUACAGUUCUGCAAGGAGAGGAAAAACCUGUAGAUUCGAGUGGAUUCCAAGAACAAGAUGUCAAGGAAGUAGGGGAUGAGUUGGACGACGGUACGGAAGAAACUGCCAAACCACUAAUGAAAAUCGCCCAUUUUCCGUAGUGGCGCGUAUUGGCAUUAUUAUUUUACCAAGUGAAUAAGGUUUUUCUUCAUCUCCCACGGAUUGGAUUGGUUCUGAAUCAUCAAUAUGGCUGCUUUCUUUUUAUGUUUUGGUACAUCAAUAUGGCCAAUGUGACCGAUCAUGCGGGAACACUCCAUGCCUUACAAAUUCAUUUAAUAGAUUCAUUCUAUUUUUUUUUGUCUGAUUUAUUUCUAGUCUUCUUGGUGAAGCGUACUUAACUUCCCCUUAGUACUUUUCCUUGUGUCGCUUUUCAAGAAAGUCCAGGAGUCAAUUUCAUAAAACUUUUACAAGUGUAUUAGUUACAAGUGUAGCUAUUGUUUUAGAGUCCGAAAACAAUAGCUGCCCUUGUAAACUACACUUAUGAAAGGUUUCUUAAAGUGAACCCAGGUUCGGCCAACAAAAAUUAACGUAAAGCGUAACGUCUAACGCCUGGUGUUAAAACAAAGCGUUUGACUGAACUGAAGGUCAGAAGUUAAUUGUUAAGGCUAACGUUACGAUUAAGAAAUUUUCCCAUAAGAACAAACACUAUCGUGGAAGUUUGAUUAUUAUAAACUUGUAUGCUUACAGGCCAAACAGAAACGGGGGAUAAGAAAGCGCUUCCUGCUCUAGCAAUGACGGCGUUGAAAAACCCCAAAGUUCAGGAAGCUGUUGUUGAUAAAGGAUUGGAAGUUAUGGGCAAACUGGUGGACAAACAGCUCAAUAUAAUCGACGAAGCUCAAGAAAAGGCUUCCAAGUUCUUGGCGAAAGAGGUGGGUGGUGGGGAUCUUGUGAGGAUAGAUUAAAGGGCAAAAGAACCAAACUUGAUUUCGACAUUUUUUAUUUUAGUUCAACUCUAGUGAAAUGUGUAACCAAAUAUACAUACAUAAAGUUUCAGCUCAAUCGAAGCAAGCAUCUCCGAGAUAUUCGAGAUUAAAAAUUGCUAUUUUUUGGUCGUUACCUUCGUAGAGCGGUCGGAAAAAUUGUCGGCUAAAACAGCUUGUGGCGUCAAUGUUGGUCAGGUGAAAAAAAGCGGGAAAUUCGAAACAGUGUUUUUCGAGUCGAUACGGCGCAGAAAUUAUGGUUGGUUGUGCGCCCAUAACUGGAAAGAACAAGCACUUUGCCUUCGAAAGUUGCGAGCUGUGGCUAUAACCUUCUUAUCAUUUAAUUUUCUCGAAGAAUACGUCAAAGUAAAACGGACUUAGAUGAUAUUAAAAAUCUCCUUGCUUUGUACUCUAAAUGUGCGUGAGUAGGUCCGAUUUUGUUCAAGAUGCAUUCAAAAAUUGUGGUCAUAUAAGUAAGGUCCUGGAUAUGUAAGGUCCGGAGCUCCACCGUGGACACAAAAACAAAAAAAAAUGCACUUUUUUGCACUUCUUAUUUGAGUGUCAAUGUAUUUAGCACGAAAGUACUAAUUGAGGACACUAUAUUUUACGUCUCCAACUGGAGAAGGGACCGCCAUUUUACGUGGUCAUCCGAGCCACGCGAAGGUCUAGCCUGUUGCAGUUCAAAAGGAGUUCCUUCAUUUCUCGGUUAUUUUAGGACCCUGAGUAUUGGUCCGGCCCCAGGAAUCGAACCCUUGACCUCCCGCUCUGCAGUCAACACGCUCUACCGACUGAGCUAACACUGCCGCGGUUAUUUGUAUAGUGAUUUGCCCAAAGAAAUUCACGCUUGCCCACAAGAUGUUUGAAGUCAUGGAACUAUGUCACACUCGAGCUGAUGUUUUAAAACCGACGCUCGAUCGGACACUUGUAGCUUCGCAUAUCACUAAAAUAUAAACAAAAUCCUCAAUGUAGUAGUUUUGGCGUUGAUAUUUUUCAGUUAUGUUUAUGAUUUAAUUACCGACUUAGGUCACUUCAAGGACCAUAGACGCCACUUUACAUGUAAGUGCGCAAAGAAGUGCGCAAGCAGGGAACAAUUCCAUCAUGCAAAAAAUACAGCUUAAGUGAAGUAGAACUUUGCUCGCUUCAUUCAAAUCAAGCUCCAGCAACUGUUUACGGGCAAAGAGACAACUGUUUUGAAAUCACUGCCGGCAGCUGUCGUGGUCAGCUACUUCACAGCAAAUGAAAGGGAAAAUUUGCGUACAAAAAGAAAACGAAACUAUGUAAUUAAAAAUGUAAAAAGGAAAAAAAAAACUCUGUUUAUUAUUACUUGAGCAACAGAAAAAUGAUCGAAGUAGUCUUUUCUUCUCGAGUAGGCUUGCUGCCCUUCUAUAGUUACAAGAAAGUUUUAAGCGCACAAGUUUGUUCACUCGCAUGCGUUAGCAUUACGGUUCUUUGACAGAAAACAAGGAUAAAGCUGGUUCUCUGCAAACUAGGUAAACAAGUCUGCGCAUGUAAAAAAAGUAAACGUAACAACUAAUAACAGAAUACAAGCGAGUUUUAAUUCAGCCCGGCGAAAGAAAGCGAAGCACUGGACACAAAAUCAACCUACAAAUCGAAUGCACAAUCAUCAGAAGAAUACAAACCUCUUUGGAAAUGUUCAAAACGUCAUACUGCACCUCAGACUGACGUAAUGAUCCGUUUUUACUGUAACUUGGUUCUUCUGAAUCCAAAGUAAUUUUCAAGUGACGAGAAAACAGCAACAACAACAACAAUAACAACAACAAAAACAAAUAAAAAGGCUUUACAAGGAGCAAACGUUCGCACCUCGUGUAUUUCAUUCAGUCUCAGUCAGAACUCUAACAGAGUUAGAACGACACAGAAACGUUUUCGAGAAGUCUUCGUUAAUGCUUGAUCGGAUUUUGAUCUUUUAUCUUUCUAUAAAGGCUUGCAAAGAAAAAUCUCACUUAGGAUGGUUCCUUUUAGCGUUUGGUGAAGGUAAUUCGACAAAAGAAAAUAUUUCAAUUUUUUGGUUUAUUUGACCUUUAAAUCUCUCUCAGACGGUGUUAACGAAAACUCAUUUUAUUGACUUCUGCUACAAAACAAAAUAAGAUAAGAAAGAUUUUGGCAAAUAAAAUAAAUUUAAAGUUAAAACUUUGUUUGAUAUGUCCGCUUUACCAGGUAUCCGAAAUACCUGUUUUGUUCGCUCUGAUUAUUUUUGUAUUGUCUAUAUUUUUGCCUUAAUUGUAUUUUAAUUAUAUACUAGGAAAUAUUUUUAACGCUAUUUCCUUCGGGCAAUGCCUGUGACGAUCCUUAUCGGGUAAUUAAUUUUACAGGCGUUAUCAGUCUAUUAAAGACAUACAUGAGUACAAUAUAUACAGCACCAGGAUAAAAUCUAACUCGUUACUAGUCGUCUAUCACAGCCUCUCCUUAGUGGCGGCGGGGGGUUAUGGGAAAAUAGAAAGCUCGCACCGUGCGUGUUACGUGUGCGAAGACGACUGAGGACCAGUCAGAGAUAAAAUAUAGUUUAAAAUCAAUCAUUCAUCUUUCCGAGGAUCAUGGUUGUUAUGUGACCGUAUGGUAAACGUCCGGCUUUUCAGGUUUGACAAGCUGAGGAAGGCCCUGUUUUUUGGCGUGUGAAACAGAGCCGAAAAUCAUCCCUGCUCUUUCAUGCUAAUUAAACACUAGCUACAUGAUAAGUUUAUUGUUUGAAGUAAACCGAGAGUAUUUAUUGAACUGGAGCUCCGCUUUUAGUCUUGGCUGAAUUAUUACCGUGUGAACUUCUAUCACUGACGAUACCACUAUUCAUUCACAGAUCAAACUGGAUAUUAUGCCUGAUAAAGGAUGGAGCACCCCCGAUAUGUUCGUACCCCCGGGAUACCACAUGGGUGCGUCAAUCUCCGACGUAGAUCACCCAGAGCCGGAACAUAGAGAACAGCCGUUUACUUACGCUCCUAACAUGGGUUUGGGAUACGUCAUGAUGAACGGUUGCUAUGGCACCAAUUAUACUCCAAGUGAUCCAUGCUAUAACGCCAAGUUUGCUUCACCUAUCUGCCUUGUAAGAGAAAACACGAUUUUAACUACAGUCUGAAUUGCCAGUGCCAAGUUUUAACCUCUCAUAAGCGGACAAAAUUGUUGCCUUCCACUUAGACUUUCUUAGGGCUUCUCGAACCGUAAUAACGUCUGUGUGGAAGGCUAACAACCUAAAGACUUUGAAGAAGUGUACGCUGGAAGAAAAUCCGCGUAAGGGAGGUUAACGAAAAGUAGAAAAGAAAGUUUCCAUAAGCCCCAAGAGAAAAAUUAUUUGGCAGCUUAGUUAACACCUAAUUUGACAGUACUGCUAUAGUUCAGAGGAAAAUGUAACUAGUCUUGUAAAACUGUUUACUGUACCCAGAACAUGAUUGAUGGAGCCGCUUUUAUGGGAGUUGGGUUUGAUGGUCGAGGAAAAUACAGUCCAGAAUCCAGAAAAAUGAGUAUAGUACAAAGAAACUGCAAGAACAAAGCAUCGUAAGUAUAUUCUUUAGAGGUGUUUUGCUUUUCAUUUAUAGUGUCCACAAUUAGCUUUUAGCUAAAUACCUUGCCACUUUAAUAAAGUUUAUGUAUGUAUGUAUGUAUGUUUCAAAGCCCGCAUUCCUAUUUUCGAUCUCCAAUUCCUUAUCAGUCUUAUCACGAAGCGUCUAUUUGCAACACGUACUGUCACAGUGGACGUCGCUAAAUUUUGACCCUUCCCCUGUAACUAAAUGGUCAGAGCUUGCAAUUAAUGAUGCCCAAAUUAACCGGUAUCUAGUUAACUCACUUUGCAGAGUUUAAACGCCAUAAGAGAGAUGCUACGUAUUCUUAUUUUAACUACCCUAUGCUUUUCUAGUAAGAUUUUCUCGACGAGGAAAUGUUGGUUUUCAUCAAGCAGCGUGCGUUACAUACCAUUAUAAUAAAACUUUAGACAAAUAAAAUUUAAUUAAGAUUAACAAAUCUUCGAGGAUUUUAAACUAUAAUUGUCUUAACUCCCCUUUGGCAGAUAUGAUGAUUUGGAUGUACCAGACACAAUGAACGUACAUGGUGUUUACGAUACCUCUGCCUACAUGUUGACUUUUGAGAGUCGGUCGGAAUAUCGAAGAUACAUCCAGCAGGAAGCAGGUGUCUCUGGUUCAAUUUUUGGGUUCUACGCCGGUGUGAAGGAGGCUUAUGGAAGCUCUUCGUCUGGAGCGAGUCAGACAUUUCUGUCUGUUCUGUAUGUCGACGUCGAUAGGUAAGUCAAAUGGAAUUUUUCAACGUAAAGGCGAUGGGAUUCGGAUUGUUGAGGCGCGCGUAUUAGGUUUGAGGUGCAGCACUCUUGCUCGAUUUUUGGUGCGGUUUUGCGGAAAUUUUUUUUUUAUUUUUUAGAUGCGGUAUUGCGGUUUUACAAAACCAAGCGGCUUGCGGUAUUUAGAAAUUUUCAGAUAGUUUCAAUGCGGUUUGCGGUUUUCUUAUGUUAUUAGAGAGAGAUUAAGAUUCACGUUUACUGCAAACGGUAAACGUCAGACUCAAGUUGAGAAGUCUUUAGAAUAGAAUAUAAGCAGAUAAAAACAGUCCCGAACGAUUCCUAUGGUUAAGACUGGCGUAAAACUACUUAAUUUGGUGUAGAAGCAAUAAAGAGUAAACGGAAAAUAAGGGGAAAACUUGGUCACGUGGUACAGAUUCACGUCUGUCGUUUGGCGUAAGCGUGGAUCGUAAUCUCUGUAUUCUGCGCGGUGUUUAUACGUAAUUCUGUGCAGUUUUGCAGCAUUUGUGCCCCCCUUACGCCCCUCUCGACUUUGGAACAAUUUUAAAAUUAAUAUUAAAGCUUAUUAAGAAAACAUCAUCUUAAAAGGAUGUAAAAAUUUACCAAGAUUCUCUUAUAAGAAAACAGACCAAAAAAUAAAAGUGCUGUUCAUUGCCUUAAAUUAAGUUUUACAGAAACAAUCCCUUUUUUCAAACGGAAGAAAUCUGAUUGUGACUUUAAACAACUUUAAAUGACUUGUAGUUAUUCUUUCCGGUAAAGAUUUAUUCUGUCGUGCAACCAGUAGUGUCAAUCAUAACCUGUUUAUGGUCCAACGGCUUAUACCGGCGGAGAAGACUGUCUAUGAGAGAGACAAAUCCGGAUUGUGUCAAAUUGAAAAUCACGACAUUUUUCAGAAGAUUGUUUGAACUAGUUUUUUUAUGGCCAAUACAUAUAAUAAAUAGUGUGAAAAAUAAGCUCCUAUGCAAUAGACACUGAAAAUAAAAUGCAUCGCCAAAUUAUGAAUACCUGAGAGAUAGUGAAGUACCUCUGGUAAUCGGAGCGCCUUCUUUAUUAAUGUUUGUUCUAUUUUCAGGUAUGAAAUUUUCAUGGACGAGGUAAAACCACAGGAUUUAAGUUUGUCUUUCCUCCGUGAAUUUAUGAAUUUACCAAAUUCCUAUUUUGAGCCUGGAGCACCACUGAAAUAUCGUGAGUAGAAAAAUGUCACAGUGAUUUUUUAUAAUUUCAGUGACCUUCCAGAAGAACUAGAGUACCUUCCAUUGUAAGCUAUUAAAAUCAAGACAUACUAAGAUCCAUGUUGGCAACUCGUUUACUGGUAUUCACCCCCUUCUCGAGCUUACCAAUGUGUCGCGAUCAAUUCGCAUGGGAAUCUUCGUCCGUAUACAUAUACUGGUUAUAAUACUCCUAAGAUGUGGGAAACUGCAGUGGAGGACAGAAGAACUUAGGGCUGUGUGAAAAAGCCCUUCCAAGUAAUUGUAACGUAGAAGCCUGCUCCUAAUAACCAUUUCUUGUUCGGCUUUGGGUUCAUCCCGUCGUCCCUCAACUCCCCCCAGCAAUGUUGUGGUAAAAAAAGCACUCAUUUCCACCCAUUUUGCGCAAAAUUCAACUUUGUUUGGGGUGGGAGGGGACCGGACGGGUACCUUUUUAAGUAAUAUCACUUGAAAGGGUCCCAACACUGCUCCCAACGACAAUUUUUUGUUCAGCUUUGGGUUCAUCUCGUCGUCCCCAACUCCCAGCAGUAUUUUUGUAUAAAAAGCACUCAUUUCCACCCAUUUUGCGCAAAAUUCAACUUUGUUUGGCGUCGGAGGGGACCGGAGGGUAGCUAGUUUUAGUAAUAUCAAUGGAAAAGGUCGCAACACUGCUCCUAACGACAAUAUUUUGUUCGGCUUUGGGUUCAUCUCGUCGUCCCCCCACUCCUCCCCCCAGCAAUGUUGUGGCUUAACAUUAGCGCUCAUUUCCACCCACUUUGCUCAAAAUUCAAUUUUGUUCGGGGUGGGAGGGGAAGGGUCGCUAGUUUUAGUAAUAUCACUGGAAAGCUCCCGACACUUUGACCUCCAUUGUGUUUUGGAGACUCUAAGACUGAGUAAUUUAUAUUGCUGGUAAUUACUAAGUGUUGUUGUUUAUAGUGAAGCGCCAACUGUUAUUUGUGUGUCUUCAUUUGUUAUACGUUUUGGUCAGUGUAAGGUCAUCACCACAAUGCGUCUCUGUUAUGUGGGUGUUGUGUAGUGUUGCAUACAUGAGCAACGUCGUUUUAAUCUUGAAAAAACGUCCUUCUGGAAUUUUCAUAGUAAGAACACGGAGUCUUGUGCUUCUUGGAUGGCCUAAUGAGUAUUUUGCCCCACUAGAAUGUUAGUAUAAGCUUAGUGUACGCAACGCUACCUUGACCAAAACCAGUAAGGUUUCCGAAUAAUAUUCUGAAUGAAUACAAUACCUUACUUGUCUCAUGCAUAAAUCUUUCAGUUCUUUCGAUACAAGAUUUAUACUUAAGUGUGAGUUGUACAAAGGUUUAUUGUUGUAACAUGCACGAGAAGACCAAUGGUAGGAAUUUGUCUGAAACAAAAGAAAAAUCUAACCAGUCACAAUAAGUUAUAGUGAGUAAUUUCAUUACUCUAAUUAUCCAAAGCACAGAUGAGAGCAACAUCUAAGUUUAAUCACGAAUCUGAUUAUGCAUUUAAUUUUCAACGACAGAAAACUUCAUUCAGCGUUGGGGAACGCAUUACAUUAAAUCGGCAAAGUUCGGAGGACAACUUCAGAUAAGAAAGACAAAGCAGGCCGAUCAGAAGGAAACUAAGACUCAGUUUGCUGAGAAAAUGGAGGUGGAAUACAAGAGUCUUUUCUCGAGUGUUGGAGCUAAAUAUAGCAAAGAAGAGGGGUACCAACAGCGUGAGCAGGUGAAAACUUCAUCCACAUCAAUAAUGGCCCAGGGCGGAAGCCAAGAAAUUGCCUCCAUUCUCUCUGAUGCUUAUUCACCAACAUUCAAGACAGAGUUCAAG